CCUUCAGUCGGUGCCGAGACGCACCAACACACUCACACUCGGUCCCUGAUCCCCGGACCGACUCCUUCUUCCAGCCCGCCGUGCUCCCCUGCCUGCCUGCCGGCUCCCCGUCACUCUCCGCCGCCUCCAGGUAAGACACUACCGCGGUUAAUCGGGUCGACCCUCCGCACUACCGGGACUCCGAACACCGCCGAGUCUCCUCUGGCAUAUGGCAUACUGAGCGGUUGUAUUUGUCUCCACUUAAUGAUGUUUUAUUCUCUCUUUUCCUUGUUGUUGUUUUUUUUUCUCUCGAGAGCUGGGGGGGGAGGCUGUCUUUCCACCAUCACGACCACGAUCCCGGUGGAUUCGUCUCACAGUGCGGGACCAGACAGCCCACUUUCCGGUUUUAAGUUAAGAGCGUUUUUGGUCAGGUGCAAUGCAGCAAAAAGCUCGUUUUCUCGCCUCUUGUUGCCUCCACGGUAGAUUAACCUGCGGUCAACUCAGGUGAAUUUUAAUGGUCUGUUGGAAAUGUGUUGCAUUAAUUCCCCCUUCAUCACAGCAGCAGGACACUCAGCAUGAAAUGAUCAAGAAAGACAGACAUGGUUUUUGAUGUCACAUCUAACCUUAUUUUAAUGACACGAAUUGACUUUAAUGGUCAUGCAGCAUGCCUCUGGCUCACAGCUGAAAACUAAACACGACCUUGUUUUCGCUUUCUGGAGCCAAAGCGAUAUCCCAGUGCUUUACUGGGGGAGAUACUGGGCUGACUGGCAUGCAGGAUGCAGCUGAAUGUCUGGUUGAUUGUUUGGAAAAGUGUUAAAAUUUGGAUCAUUUGGAUUCGGAGUUGGAUUUAACCUUAGAAGAAGGUUUUGUUUUGGAUGAAACUCACAGGAAAAGGGGAGGAAUAUUGUUGUAAGGUGUGUGGCAGACCUGAAAAAGCAAAGAUUGAGAUUUAUCUUUAUAACAAUAUCUGUCAUAGGGAUGAAAUAAUACGCAUGAGCUUUAACACAGUUUCCAUCUAUAUUCUACUUUUUUUACUCUGUACAAAGAAGAUCUGUGAUCGCAAAACGUUUUAACCUGAAUCCAUCCACAAAUAAAUCUCAGAGCUUUUACUUUUGAACCACUAAACUGGCACCAAUUAGCCAGAGGGUAGCAAAGGUUUCAUCUGACUGCAGAAGGAUGUGUGAAAGCACAGCCAUUAUAUCACAGCUUCCACCCAGCAGAUAACAUUUGACAUGCUGGGUAAAAAAAGCAUUUGUUUUUUACUUGGUCGUCUUAUUUAUUGUGAUAAAUUCAGUCAGUUCAGUCAGUUUGCUGGGGAGCUCACAUUUAGAUCACUAAUGAAUGGUAAUUAUUCUGCAGUCUCAGUGUGAAGGGGUAUAAUGACACAUCAAACUCAAGCUUCAGUAUGAAAAUGAUAAAGCAACAGUGCUUUUUUGUUGUUGUUUUAUGGUUUUUUUUUUGUGGAAGAUAGAUCUCAGAAAAAUUGUGAAUAUGUUCUAUUUCAUCAUUUCGAUUCUGUUUUUGAAAAAGUACAAAAUAUAUAUUUCUUUACAAUUUAAAGCUCCUAUAAGCAACUUUGAUUUGGCGCCCCCUGUGGACAAAGUGAUACCUCUUAUUUCUUGGCUGAUCUUAUCCUGAACAUGUUUUUGUAUGUAGUGCUUUCUGUCAAAAGUCUCGAUCUUUGCUGGUUUUUGAGUUAAAUCAACCUCAUGAGCACGAUUGUUGGCUGAUUUCCAUCGUUUCAAAGAGUCAUCAGUCGGCCUGAUUUACCGUCAACCUCUGUUCUCCAUCCUAAAACCUCAUCGUGGUUUUGCCUCGUCUGUACACCCAUGGUUCUUUUUAACUUUGAGAUUGCCUGGCUUUGGAAGUGACUCGAGAUUUUAAAGCUCCUGUGAGGAAAUUUCAAUUUGUGUCAAUUUAGGGACAAGGCAGAAUCAACAUGGUUGAGUUUUUGACAAAAAUAGCAUCAUGCUGAUUUCUAACAUUCAAAUGUCUAAUUCAUUUUGCACAUUUGAUGAGGAAACUGCUAAACCUGUUUCUACAGCUGUGUAGAUGACGCUGAUACACAGACCCCGAUGGGGUCUUGUUAGGUUAUGGAUAUCAUGAGCAGGCAUUGAUAAAAAAUUCAGUCUAUUUUAUUAAUGUAAAACAAAAACUCCUUACUGAAGCUUUAAAAAAGAGUAGCCAAAACCAGAUUGCACUGUCUACUAAAACAGUACUGCAGUUCAUCUUUUCUUCUCACCUGAAUAGUGCUGAUAUUUUAUUCAGUUUGAAGGUGUCAUGACAUCUUUCUACAGAAGAUCGGCAAAAAGGAAAAUAAGAAGUCCUCGUUGUUAUGGGCAGGAGGCUUUUGGGCCACUGUUUAGGAGCGCAAAGGUCACAAUCUGGGAUGACCUGCUGUCCUCUGCUUUACUGUGACCUAUCCUUUUAUUCAUAAAUCCAAAAUGUGAUUAUCAGAAUACGGUAAAAAAAAGUACCACAAACAACACCAUACUGGUGAAAUUUAUGAUCAAAUGCCAGCUUGUUUGCUUUUCACAGAAAAAAGAAAUGGAAACAUAAUCGGUCUUACUAACAAACAAAAAAGUCAUUUAAAAACAGUUAUAAAUCAAAAUGAAUUUUAAAGAUGAACUUCUUUUUAACCCUCAUAAUUGACCAAAAAGCAACAAAUUCUCUCUAAAGAUAAACCAGCUGGAAUCUCCUUGUUUCGAAGAGUUUUGCCAAAUAAAAAGAUCAACAUCAAUCCUCUUGACUAACUCUAGCUCAUUAGCUGCUUUACUAAAAAUGCCACCUAUUGCUGUAAAGGCUGUUCACUGAUUUAUAUAACAAUUAUUAACUACUGGCUUCAUGUGAUAUUUGAAGAAAUUCUGACAUAAAAAGUUCAGAUAUGUUUAUAUAAAAGGAUUGAAAUAUGAUCCAGAUUAUAAGAAAACCAACAUCUUGUAUAAGUCAUCAGUCUCGAGCUUUGCUGGAACAUAAAUGCAGGUUUGAAAACAUGUAUUUGAUACAAAACAGUCGCACUAAUGACUUCAGAUAAGACUAAUGAGUUUAUUUAUUAUGUGAGGAGUCAUUAUGAACCUCUGUAAUGGUAUUUGAUAUCAAACAGUCUCCUGCUGAAGCUUUUUUAGUGCCAAAGGAGAAAAAUCCUGACCUAGAAUUCCCUCACUUAUUGUACAUCGCUGUUGAGAUCUCCUGCUGUACUAUAAUCUGUCACAGUGAAGCGUCUUAAAAUUAGUUCAUUGGGCUCCCAAAAGAAAUAGAUGCAGCUUGUGCUGGGGCUGUUUUAUCAUUGUCACAGGAAAAAAAUGCCUCCCUAAUGGUAACUGAGCCUUUGUGUACCGUUCUCUCUCUCUCUCUCUCUCUCUCUCUCUCUCUCUCUCUCUCUCUCUCUCUCUCUCACACACACACACACACUCAUACCCACACAGGGCUGCAGGGGGAAUAAAUGGAUGAAUAAGCGGAGGAAGAGAAUGUAGGGAUUCCCUGAUUUCUGUACAUGCAGGCAGCUGAGCUCAUCUAGCAGAGCAGAACGAAGCCCAGGGGAGAGCAGUCACACAGCAUUAGAGGUCUGAGUCUGAGAGAUCGAGUUUUGCAUUGGUGUGUGUGCGCGUGUGUGUAUAAGCUAUGCAAUUGCACACAUCCGUGAUAUCAUGACAGACACUCCAGCGACGGGCUGCGGCUCAUGGUGGCAGACUGUUGCCCUAUAAAACGAAAACCCUGUAACUAACUACACGACAUAUUUAUCCUGCUGAUGCUGUGUUUCUAUACUUCUCAUUAGCGGCUUACUCCUCUGUGUAGUACACUGUGUACACAAUGUACCACCCUGGGUUGUGGUUAAGUUUGACAAGACAGUGUUGCCUGAAAUCACACAUGAAUUUUUCCAAACGGUAAUACGAAGUGAGUUAAUAGAGAUGUUUCUGUAAAUGUUAAAGUUUCAGUGACCAAAACUGUAAAUAAGGCUGUGACAACAACACUGAGAAAACGAGACUGACACCUAGUACAAGCCAUGGUAAGCUCCAAAGUAGGGCUGGGCGAUAUGGGAAAAAGCUUAUCAGGAUAUAUUUUUUUCUUAUCAGUUGAUACCGAUAUAUGUCAUGAUAUAAAAAAGGAAAUUUAACAGUGCUUUUUUGUAGCAUGUCUUUUGCAAUACAAUAAGCUACUGCAUCUGUGAGGUCUUUGUGUCUCUUCGACGUUUUGUCGUAAGGUGUUGCGCUAGAGAAAGCGUACUGAAUGGUCGGCUGUUUUGGCUGCACAGGCGCCAUGGGCUCCUUGCUCCGCUUGGGUAUUGUAACCUUUUGCAUUGCCCGUGCUCUGCAGCGUGGCACUGCUUCAAAGAUUUGAGGUAUUUCCCGACUUUGCGAGAACAUUUCCUCGACAUAAUUUGCAGUGCACAUUACUCUGCUUCAUGUCCGACCUCAAAAAACCGAAACACCUCCACACCACCAACGUUUUCGUGCCGGUGUUGUCAACGAUGUCAUCAUCUGUUAAAGCUUUAUUUUCGAUUCUACCGGGGGUAGCACCCUUUUUUUUUUUUUCUCACCGACAGUGCUGUCGGCUUCACUUGUUUAAGUGCUAUGGUUGUGUGUAGCUGCAGCCUGCUACUACGCAGUUGUGUGCUGUUUUGUUCAAAUUCAGCACAUGAUUGGUUCAGCGCAAAGAGGACCCGGAGCAACUCCCCUUCUAAUUGGCUAUUCGUAUAGUCUACCAAAACAUGGUGGAAUGCCGACUCUCGAAAAACAUAUUGACCAUGUUUCAAAUCGAUAUUGAGGGAAAUUAAUUAUUUAUGUAUCGUUAUUGUUUUAUCACCCAGCCCUACUCCAGAGUGAGCUGAAACCAAACUCUGUACUCUGAUUUGAUCCUGGCAGGAGGGAAAAAUAUUAAUUGUAAUAAACAAAUAUUGUAGCACCAGCUAAAUAGUGAAAAACUGCAUCUGUUUAGUUGAAUUUACGGCAGAAUAAUUAGCCCAAGAGUGCCAGCUUUUAACAUUUUAUAAACUCCUUGCAGUUCAAAGCUCUCUUCUCUCCAGUGUACUGCUGUUUACUCAGCUUUUACUGCUGUAGAGUAAUCUCCUCUGUCCCUUGCAUGAAUGUUAUUUGCACUUUCAACUCCUUUAUAUUUUCACCAACAGGGAGCUGCCACAGGGAGUGUGUGAUACAGGAAUACAUUUAGUCUAGAUUAGUCAUUGAAUAUUAUCGUAUUAACAAGAUAGCCUGUGUGAUUAUAACCAGAUUAACUCUGCUGGUGCCCCGAGUGCCUGUAACAAACCUUGUCUGUGCUGCUGCAUUGAAUAACAUCUGAUCCCUUUAGUGUUUUGUUGUGCUGUGUGGGGUUUCCCUUCUUCCUCCCACUCACUGAUGACUCUCUGUUAUCCACGGUUCUGUCUCUAGCUGUCCAUUUGGUAUGCAGCCUACAGCCCUGUGUGGUCUCAGAGACACGCGGGUUCUCCAUUCAAUCACAGCCGCAGCGAGGCAAUCAGUGGGAACCUGUCCAUAGACCAACACUGCAGAUGUGGGAGGGGGGAAAAAUCCCAACUGCAGAAAUGUAAUUUGGAGGCAGUGCAGAGAGGAGUGACUCAGUUGAGUAAUAGAUUGGCGGUCAGAUAGGGGAGCCUCUGUGUCACCUUCCUAAAAUCUUUCAUGUGUGUGGACACACGCGUCUGUGGGCGCUCCUGAUGUUGACCUGAACCUCUGAGGGGGACGAUGAGAUGAUUGAACGCUUCAACCUACAAUUGGAGCGAAAGGUGGAGAUGCCCACACGGGUGGACUAAUUUGUCUUAUAAUAUGACGACGUCAUUAUUUAAUUAUUUCCCAGCAGCAGCAGCAUCAUGUUGACCAGGGUGUGCGCUGUGGUAAAGUCCACACAGCAGAGCUCAAACCAAACAGCAUUAAUCAGAGUCAUUAUUGGCGAGUCGUGCACAUCAAGGUGUUUAAUGGAUAGUGUAUUUGAACAGAUUAAGAGCUGUGGAGACAUCAGUCAGGAAACACCCAGAUAUAAUAUUAUGUAAUAAAAACAACGCAGGGAAAAUAAGGUUCAAAGUUUUACUGAAUUAGAUAACAGGGAUUUAGUUAUUCGAAAAGUAAGCACUAUCGAAGGAAUAUCUUCAGCUGUAGUCACCACAUUUCAAGGAAACUACUACAGGCUUUUAACAUACCUGUCAUUUUGAUCAUAGUAGGACAAAAAUAUCUCAUCUGAGAGUCAUUUUACCCUUUUGGGGGCUUUAAAACUAUAAUAUGACUUGUAGUAAGUUCAAGUUUUAGAGUGUCAUGUUGUGACGUGUUCUUAUAAGUCUGUGACUAUUAUUUCAUCUAAACAUCCUUGUACAUGUUCACACUUCUUUCUUGCUGUGUUGUUUUUUGGUCUUAACCUGGCAUAAACUUAUCACUUUGAUUGUGUAUGCAAUGAAUUUAAAAAGGAAAAAAUCUUAUUUCCUCAAUGAUUUGACAGCCUAGUUACCCCGUUUGUGGUUUCUUGUUAAAGUUGUGAGACUCAGAGGAACUCUUUAUAUGCAGUUUAAACUGAAGCUGAGCGCUUAUUUGGUUCUUCAGACUCCUUCAGCGGGCUGUUGAAUGAACCUCUGGGAAAGACUGCAGAACAUAUGGUGCAAAUUUUAAUAUUCAAUCAUGUUUAUCAGUGUGUGUGAAUCUUUUAUUUGAUUUGUGAGCUGUUUCUAGCAUCUUACUUCGUAAUAUUGUUGGUUCGUGUCGAAGUCCAAAAGAUUUUUCCCUUGGUCAGUUGGUUGGUUGAUUUAUUGGUUUUGUAGAUAUGCAUAAAGUGUAUAUUUAGGAUCCACACAAACUUAUUUCAACACUUUUCAUGGUAGAAAAAAUGAUGGUUUCAAAGGAGUCUUUAAAAUUUUACAUCACAACAUUUAAAAAUCAAUAUUUUCUCACAUAAAAUUAGGAUUGAACUGAAUGUAGCCUCACAGGGCUGCUAGUAUCACUGUCCACUAUCAAGGAUUUGUUUGACUUGGUUCAAAUGACGUGCCGUCUUAUCAGCCCACGUUGGAAAUGAUGAGUAGUUGUUACAGACACAACAGACUGGCUGAACAGUGAAAAGCUGGGCUGCUGUAUGUUGGAUUGUCAGUUUUCAGUGAGUUACAGAAAUAGUUGGACGGAUUGGAAAUGUGUUGAUUGUGAAACAGACAGAGUGAUAAUAAUGUGCAUUUGUAGCAUUUGUUCUUCUCUGAGGGGACCAGCUUUGAGUUUUUUCUCAUUAGAGGCUGAAAUCGAAUGCACAAAGCGUUAUUUAUCAGUCCUGCUAAAGCCCUUGGUUACAGCCUAUGAAUGUUAAAGGGACUUAUUAGAAAGAGGCACCUAUAGAGGCAGCUGCUUCCUGGGUUUCUGAUGUAGCUGUGAGCUUUGAACAGACAUUUCUGAAUGUUUGAAAUUCAGUGAUUCCCUCUCUGUCAAAGUAUUGUGCACUCCAAAUAUUGGUAUUUGGACUCGGAUGGUGGGGUUUUGGCUCAUAGGUCUGUUUACCCUGAAAUAUAUGGGGUAGAUGUAGAAGAAGGACACGCUCUAGUGCUGUAAGAUUAAAUGAAAAGUCACCUGAAAACAUGACCAUGAAUCUCAUUCAAUUAUCACCCUCUGCAUUUAAGAAAGAGAGAAAAAUGUAAAAGCAAAGUGGAUUCCUCUCUCUGCUUUCGGUACUUUUAAAACACUACCCCAGGCGUGCUCUCUACCUGUCUUAUCAGCCAUGCCAAUGUGCUGUGACGCUGUUAUUCAUCCAUCUGUCCUUAACAAACAGCCAUCUUCAGGCACCUCUCACUGUGCAUCUGUUUUCUGUGAUCCUGCUCCACUAAUGCACCCGCACACUCUCUUAUAAAACAAGAACGACACAAGGCCAAUCUUUCAUUUUCUUUUAUUCAUUUGCAUGCACUUGACUUUUGAUUACGUUUUCAGCUGUUGCACUCUGAUUAGUAAUAACACAAGCUAAUCCAAAGACCCCCACCAUCAGCCUCCAGAGCUUCCAAAAGAUAAAGUGCAGUAAAAUGUGGGCAGGCAAGCAGCAGUUAAACACGAAUGGGUGCUAUGAAAUAUUCAGACGUGCUGGUGAAGCGAAAGGGAACUGUUCAUAACCCGAAAAGUCUCUCUCUCUGUCUCUCUCUCUCUGUAAAGAAGAGGAAGCAGCAGCAGCAGAGACCAGGUUUGAAACUGGGUUAAUGAGAUCCAGCCUCGGUCUAGAAACUGCUCGUCUCUUGUUCCUCAAGAUCCUAUGGAGUAACAUCACAGAAACGCCUGAAAACACAAAAGAGAGUGUUUCUAUAACAUAUAUGACACACAUAAUCUUUUACUUUUACUAUCACUCUUCAAACACCUGAAACAUCUGUUUCUUGAUGUUUUAGUAACAUCUUCUGAUUCCCCAAACUUUGCUGUGAAUGUGUUUAUUCAUCUAAAACCCCUCUCCCACUUUCCAUCAUAACCACAUCGCCAGUAGCGCACCAGACUGUGGCUUGAAAUCUUGACCAUCUUAUUGCUUGUUCCAGUUUUUUGGCAGGAUGAAUAAGCCCAGUUAUUGCAGAGUAGAGAAAAUGCAGUAACACUAAAGAUUAAGGGAGGAAGGAUCAACUUCAGUCCUGGUUCGUGACAGAAGAAGAAUUCAGUCUGUUUACCCAAACAACAAUACUAAUAUCUCACUAGAGUCGAGCAGUAUAUGAAUUUCUCUUAGGGGAUAAAUAAAGUUCUUCUUCUUCUUCUUGGACUUUGUUGUUGUUGCCAUCGUUGUCAUCGUCAUUGUCUUCUUCUUCUUCUUCUUCUUCUUCAGUAAAACUAUGUAGAAAGCUUUAAGAAUGUACAGUAUUUUGAUCAUUUAUUCGUUAGCCAGUGUAGGCUACGUUUUUCUUUGUUUGCACAACAAGUAAAUAGUGGCGUACAUACUGAGUUUACAGCCCCGAGCAUUGUUUCUGGUGAAAAAAGUCAGACAAAGUGUAUUUGAGGCGGAGCAAAGACUGAGUAAGGAAACAACCAUGACUCUUUUAAAGUAGGGGGGAAAUGACUCAAAAUGUGCAGUAAACGCAUGUUGGAGUAAUCCCCAGAUGAUCAGAGCUCUCAGCAGCUAAAAAGUCACAGGAGACUUCUGUGAGAUGGACAUGAGAUUUGCUCAAGUCAUGACAUCUUCAAUUGGUGGAUCCGAAAAGGGCAAAUUAGACAUAAACAAACCAAACUAGAAACACCUAACUCUGUUCUUUGUUGCUGGGAUUUUCCUUUUCCAAACUGUUCGGGUCCAGAGGCUAAAAUGAGGGUUUGUUCAAAGACAACAUCACUCAUUCACUUAAGCAGUAGAUCAUGUAAAGCUUCUACAAAACUAUAAGAGGAACACUGUAAAGCCUUAAACUAAGCGUAGUACCCCUUUUUAAUACCAUAGAGUUAUGAUUUUCCUCAAAGCAAAGUUUAAAUGGUUUGUCAGAACAUCAUUAUUCAACUGUGAUCUCAAGAUAAGUGUCUUUUUAUAUGCUGCUUGAGGAGCUGCAAAGCUCAAGCUUCCUUUGUUAAUAUUUCUCACACAUUUUGGUUUGAUCCGAGGUGUGCUGGGAUUUCAAUCAAAUCAAUCAAUCAAUCAAAUUUUAUUUAUAUAGCACUUUACAAUAUCCCAAAUGGUACCCAAAGUGCUUUACAUAAAAGCAAUAAAAUAACACAAGAAAAAAAUACCAUUAUAAAAUAAUACAAUAGAAUAGAAUAAUACAAGAACGAUAAAAUAAUAAAAAUGAAUAUGAGAAUAAAAUAAUACAAUAAAAUAGUAUGUAGAAGUGCUAAAAACCUAUAAGUACAGGACUACCUAGUCAGAGUUUUACCUGUUUCCCCACAGGUAAAAAAAAUCAAACAUUUCAAGGUCAGAACACUUAACCAGCACUGAAUCCAUCACAGAUUUCACUGCCCUCCUCCUUUUCUCUGUAAGUCCAGAUCAUCUGCUCUCUUUCUGGUGGUUAUUUAUUCUUCCGGCUUCAGCCAACAAACAGAACGGCAAAACCAAUCAUCCAUCUUCUGUCCCCACCUCCAGUGUCCGCCUUAUCCUGAGCCCACGCUGCCCUUUCCUUUAAAUUAGUGAGUGAAAUGACACAAACAACCAAUCAAUUCGAGGGCAAUAAACAUCCUCUAGAUAAGAACAAUGCAGGAGGAGUUCACUGUAGGUGAAAACGGUCAAAUAGAUAGCAGAGAUGAAGUGCUGAGGGGGAGAGGACAGCUGAUAGGACGGUCUGGAUAAGGGUUUUAGAGGCACUAACUCUGCUGGGGUGUUUUUUUUUCCUAUUUUCUGCUCCAUUGAGCACUGCAGGGACAAAUAGAGGCCUGCAGGCCUGAUAGGUCAUUACUGAUGACGGCUCCUCCGAGAGUUGUAAUGUUGCAGUAGCUGUGACAUGUGCUUCAUGGCUGUAAGGGCGGUAUUUUAGAUGUUAGCCAUGGUUGGGCAGGAUUAGCUAAAAAAAAAAUGGUGGUCACAAACAAGAGCUUUGUUCCAAAAACAACCCUGACAAGCAGAAGUGAAGGAAAUACAUUAAGAUUGUUAUUCUGUAGAGUUUAAGUUUUAUGAAACCACAAAAGUAAAAUGACAAAGUGAGUCCUGCUUGAGCUGCCAUUAUCUAAUCCACUGUAGUGUUUAUUAUUGAUGCAGCUUUUUAAGUAGAGUGCCAAUGUAGAUAGGGGUACAGAUGCUAUUUGAUUAGUUCAUUAUAUUUUCUAGAUGUGAAAUACUCACUAGUUCAGAAAUCUGUGGAACGAAUAAAACACAGUAAGAAGUAUCAUCCCUUUUCACCAGCAGAUGAUACGAUGUCACUGGCAUCUUUUUAAGUGAUUCCCCUGUGUUUGCUCCACAGCUAUACUUUUAUUUUUAGGUAAAGUCUGACUGAAGAUGAGAAUUUAAAUGAGAGAAGAAUAUUCUCAGUCUCUGAGUCUUUUCCCCUCAUUUUGAGACAUCUUUAUAAAGAUGGAAUGAUUGCUAAAAGGCAACAUUUCGCAAUCAAACGGUGUCUGAAACCUACUCCUCUCACACUUUUCUGGAGGACUGUGCCCCCCACUUCACCCUGAUAGAAAAACCUUUUUCAGUUUUGCUUGACAAGUAGCUCUUGCAAACUCAGAAACCAGGGAGUUCAUAUCUGUUCAGGACAAACAGACUUUGAUGAAACACUGAUUAUUGAAAGAGGAUUAUAUAUAUAUGAAUCACUAUUAUGGUACACAUUUUGUGUUGCUCUCAGCGUACACGUGAAAACUGAUUGGAGCAGUUGUGCGAACUCUGAAAGAAAGGCCUGAAAGAGUUUUAAAGCACGCUCACGCUUCAACUCUGCAGACUGACCUGUUUGACCCUACACAAUGACUUCAUGCCUGACUUCUAACAGUCUGUGUAACUUUCUAAAACUAACAAACUCCCAACAUCAGGCGCUCUCUGACCUGCUGCGUGGAAGUGAGAGGGCAAACAGGAUCUAAACUCAAGCUCUGUUAUUUUAAAGCUCCACACUUCAAAUACUAAAGUCCCCUUUUUCUGUCUGAAAACAACCGCGACUGUUUUUCAGGAGAGACUGUCAAAGCUUGUGAUGUUAUCCCCAUUUGAGUGGUUAUGGUGUCUCACCUGUCUCUGAGAUUGCAGCCUUGGAGUCAAAUACCCACCACCUCUAUAUAGUCUUCUUCAUUCACUUGCAAACACUCAUCUUAGUCAGGCAUGAAAGUUUCAGGACUGCGAGUUUAGAGAUAAGAUAGGUGAUGUGGUUGUUUUUGGCUGAGUCUGUCUUUAUUUCAACAUUAGUUUGACAUCAUUCCCUUUGCUGCAGAGACAAAAAUCAAGGAUUGAAAGCCUAUUUUACAAGGAGCUUUGGGAAGGUAGGUUAUUCAUCCUUGAGUCUAGUGUCGCUUCAUUACUGUUGAGCCAACCAAGUAAUUAAGGUUGCAAAUUGGAUUCUGAUUGACAAAGCGUGAUGUCGUGCCUCUGCAAAGACACUGACAUGCAGAGGCUCCAGAGGAUGAAGACGAGUGACACGGAGCUCUCGGCUUGAUUGGCAGUGACUCUGUUAGUAUGUCUGACAGGUUUCCAGACUGGGAAAGAGGGUCAUUAGUGCACUGCAGUAGUGCAGAUAUGUUAUCUGCCCUGAGGUGUUAAGUGUAUAUGUGUGUGUGUGAGAGUGUUUGUUUGUUAUAAAGGGACAACACAAAAAUAUAAGAGAGAAGGGGAUAAAGAGGUCACCAUUUAAAUAAAUCAGCGCACACAGGCAGGGAUACUUUCCACUCGGACAAACCCGUCAUGUAGCAUUGACUGUGCUGUCUCUGCUUUGCCUUAAACCCAUCCCCAGCCUCUUCCCAGAGGCCCCUCUGGUCUCCUCCUGCACGCUAGAUUUCAUCUCCAAGACGAUGGCUGCCUAUUGAUUUCACCUCGCUGUGAACACAAGUCCACAUCCGAUCUCAGGAAGUGGAUCUCACGCAGGGAGAUGCACAGCUGAGAUAUCCGGAUAAAUCUUAUUUGCUUCAUUUGCUUUAAGUUGAGGUAAGCUGGGUGAGCUGGGAACCACUUUACAAUGCAAACGUUUCCAUAUGUCAGAACCUGCACAGCCCUGCAAAAUGCAUGUGUUCAUUAACUGCUGUGGGCGUAUACCGGUAAAUUUGAUCAGCCUGAUCCUCUGGGUUUGACGCAUUGAAAUGAAUUUCAAGUGGUUUGCGCCUCAUCUUAUCCUCUUACUUAAAGAGCAAUUGAAUUUCAUGUCUGCUGAGCUUGUCUGUUCUAUGAUAAUAGCUUUACCUGUCACUGUUCGACUAAAAUAAUAGAAACGUCUGGCUUUACAGUCCAGCAUGUUUUUCUGUGUUGAAUUGAUGUGUCACCCAGGACCGUGUCUAGAGGAGUAGUGGGGAGGUGGCAUUGAUCCCUCCCGAAAUCUGAUUGGCUACCCCAUUUGUCAGCCAAUACUUUGAACUAUUUUGGUUUUCUUAACACACUGCUGUGAGUAUUCUUAGUUUCUAUUUCACCAUCAAAUAUCACUCUGUUAUGUUGCUUUGUGAAGAUAAUACUGCUGCAAUAUUUAGAAUAAAUGCAUGCAGUGUGUUUUAAGUCCUCAAUCAUAAAAUUCUGUCUGUUACUUUAAUCUUUUAGUCUACUAAUUACUUUCAAAUUGAUUUUUUUUAUAUCUUUUACCAGACUGUGUCCAGCUCUCUGACAGCAGCACUGACACCUGCAAACAGAAGCUGAGAGACAACAGGAGGAGAGAGUGGAGGACAGGUUAGCAGAAAAUAGUUUUAAUUAAGCAUUUGGUAGAUUAGCUGUGACGACAACAGCGUCCAACGGACUGAGAGCAACUACAGGUGUCUGGAGGCCAAAAUCCAAGAUGCAUUAGAUAAUAAAUGGUGUUUAUUAGCAACUUGGUCCUUUGUUUUGCACAAUUUAAUCAACCACAUGGACAAAGUUGUGCAAACUUCCUCAUGUUGCAUUGUCACGACUAACAAUUCUAACAACAGCUGCUAAUUCCCAACUUUGCUUUCAACUUGUAACUUCCGUCAACUCGAGUGUGGCAUAAUUCUCAGAUCUGGCAACUCUGAAACUUUGAGAAACUUGGUUAGAUGGUUUCUCCCUGGAUUACCGGCCCUCUCUAAAGCUUUUAUGAGCUACUUAGUCAUGUUUUGUGUAACAACAACACGGAUGAACAUGAUUGCUUUUGUAAACUCCCUCAUGGUGUGCUGUUAUGGCCUUGUGUUAUUAGCUAAAUUGCUAAUAACAACAGGAGUUCAUGGCUUUUACAGCUUUUCUGAUGUUUGAUUGGCUCGGUCAACUCCAAUGAGACGUCAUUACCAGCUCUGAUGUUUGUCUCGCUGGGUAAAUGGACACACCAUCAACACAGUCUUAAGCUAAUGCUGUUGUUUGGUGAACAUAUUCAACAAUCAAUAGGUGUGCUCUCACUGGCACCAAACAGAAAGCUGCAUCCUAGCUAAACAGAUAUAAUGGCAGUGCACACAAAGGCACAGUGAGCCAGCAGGCUGAUAUACCAAACAACGUCAUGGGCUGGCCACCAGUUUCUCCUCCUUUUUCACAAUUCAUAUAAAUCAGUCUGUGGUGCUAACCCUUCCUCUUUUACCAAAGUGUGUGUGUAUGUGGGAGGUGGAUGUACAUUGUAGAGGUCAGUCAGUAUCUACAAUUUAUUUAAAAUUAUAUGAUUGUUAUAUAAUUGUUGUAUUAAUUUAUAGUUAAAUUCAUAGUUUUUUUUUACCUGCAGGAUUCUCAGUCUUUGCAGAAUCGUUGGCUUUCACUGAAAACACUGUGACUUGUUUGUACAGUGACUUUAAAUAUGAGAAAGUAGGGCUGGACGAUAUGGGAAAAAGUUAACCAUGACAUAUUUUUUUCAUACCAGUAAAUAUCGAUACAUAUCACAAUAUAAAAAAAUCACUUGUCAAUCUUCAAUGAAAUUUAACAUGUACUCGAUUGACAGUGCUGACGGCUUCACGUGUUUAAGCGCUAUGGUUGCGUGUAGCUGCAGCCUGCUACUACGCAGUUGUUUGCUACUUGGUUCUAAUUCAGCACAUGAUUGGUUCAGCAUGGCGUGGACCCAGAACAACUCCCCUUUUCACUGGCUCUUCGUAUAGUCUACCAAAACAUGGCAGAAUGCUGGCUGUCGAAAAGCAUAGUGACCAUGUUUCAUAUCGAUAUCGAAGGAAAUUAAUUUUUGAUAUAAAUAGUUAUCAUUUUAUCGCCUAGCCCUAUGAGAAAUGAUCAAACAUUUCUUUUUCAAAAGUCUAUAAAUGUAUAGAGGCAUUAGAGCAGAUAGGUCAGCAUGUGGAUUCGUCCCACCCUUUGUGCUUAAGACAUGGACUGCUUUCCUACAUGAAGCCAAGACCUGCUGAAAACAUACUACAAAUAGAAACAAGAACAUUUUGGGUACCAAACUCUGGCCUUGCACACUGAGAUUCUGCACUUCUAUCAAAAUCUGUAAAGAAAGAUUGGUCCAAGCUGUUGCUAUCAUAAGCUGCUCACAUGAAAGGUCUCUUGAUACCUUUCUUACCUUAUAUUAAUAGAUUUUUUGCUAAAGAUUUAGUAAUUCUUCCAACAACUGGGCACUGUAGUUUAUGUAAGCUCUACUGAGACUGCUUGUGUCAGGGACUCAUAUAACCUGCAGAGUAACUCAUUAUUUGUUAUCUAACGAGUCCUAACUGCAGUGAAUUAAGUGGAUUUUAAUCAAGUUGUGUAAUGAGAGAACUAAGGUCAAAUCUGGCCUUUGCAGGGGCUGAAUUUCUGAAUAGGAUCAUUUCACGUUGGUUUGUUUUUUCCUUGAAUUUCUAACAUUAAAGAUUAAAAAAAUAAUACGUUUUUCAUGACCCUUAAGUAACAGACCAUCCUUAAAACCAAACACCAAGUCAGACACUGUCCAGAGUCCAGACAGCAAAAACUGCUUGUUAAAGCUGAAAAUACCAAAGCAGAGAUACAGUAUAUCAGUGCAUGUUCUCCUCCCUGGUGUGCGGACAUGGGGCUUUAGUAAACAGAUGAGAAGAGUGCCAUUAUUGACCUUUGUUUUCUACGCUGGGAGGAAAUGUGUGUGGACUCGGGGGGGGGGGGGGGGGGGGGGCUCGUAUUGACUGUCUGCUGCUCACAGAAGGAGGUCUCUGUCUGGGUUGAAGUGACCUGCAGUUUAAUGGUCACCAGAGACGCUCUCUGCUCAUCAUUAUUACUUUCUCUGCCUUCAGUGUCACAUUAAUGAUUCAGGGAGAGAACGUUCAGCAUCCUGUGAAUAACCACAGAGGGAGGAGUAGAGGGUAAAACACUGAAACCAGUAAAGGGAUGGUGCAGAAAAGACGGCAGAAAACCAUCCAAACAGACUGAAGCAGCUGUCUGUUACUCAGAACUGGAAAUUUUUGAUCAUUUAUUGAUGAUUUGCUGCUUCUCUUAAUGUUCAAUGUAGCUGCGUCUUUCAACUGUGCGUGGCGAUGCACAUGCUAGAAAAUGUUGCACCAGGGGGAAAUAAAUGGAAGUACAUCAGCCUCCCUGUUGGGGAAGAAUAUGCUGACGCAGGGUCAAUUAACUGCCGAAUGAUUUUUUUUCUCUCUAUCUUUAAAGCAAGCUCAAGUCAAAGAUCUGUGCUCCACUACUCUUUAACAACAAGCCAAAGCAAAAGCUGAACAUAAUGAAUUUUCAAUCUGAAAAAGACUGGGGCUGACCCACAUUUCUGCAGAAUCACACCGUGCAUAUCAUGGCCUGAUUUUCUCCUGACCCAGCCCGUCCAGAUUUCAUAAAAAGAGUGUGAUAAAAGCAGAGUUCAGCACAAAUGAGACUUUCCUGCCCUGCCGCUGGGAUCACACUGGGGUUCAGGAAAAGAGUGAACAAGAGGGAGAGAUAUGAGCUGAGGCAAAGAGAUGAAGGUGGAGGAGUAGCUGGGGAAAACGCACAUUUGUAUGCACUCAGAGCUGUUUCUGCUAUAUUGCGGAUGUUAUUUUCUGUCAUUUCAAAGGAGAAAAAGAAGAACUGAAGAAACUUUAUUUUCUGCCUUCCUCUGAAUUACACAUAAAAACACUGAAUGAAGCAGAGAUAAGAAUUUGGCUCGAAUAUAGGUGUAACCUCGGGAAAAUAGUUAUCUUCAACAGAGCUGUACUUCAAUCCUUUUCAGCUAUAUGUGCUUUCAAAAUAAUACAGUACUUGUAUACUUUCUACUGGAGGCUGCUGUGAGCGAAUGAAACAGCCCCUAUAUCACUAUUCUUUCACACAGGUCUGCUAAUACUGUCUUUGUGAGGUCUUUUGAGCACCAAACAAAGACACGGGUUAUGACAUAAAUGACACAAAGGUCAUUUUCUGUUGCCUUGGCAGUGAAACAGAUGCUGAAAUCAUUAUAUUGACGUUCAAAAUUCUGUAUCAUAACAGCUCUAAUCUGGUAUUUAGCCGGCAAUACUGUGCAGAGUUUCAUUUAGCAGCAUAUCCCAUCUCUGUCUUUUAUUUACAAUGUAUUAUAUCAAAGCGUCAUCCUAAAGCGUGCAGUAAGCUCUUGAGAUUGCAGGAACGAAACUUCAUAAUGACAUGGUGAGAUGCCGAGAAGAAGAGUACAUAAACAAUAUAGUGGCUUUAAUAAUAAUAAAAGCGCUGGAAUAUACUUUUUUUUUUUACUGCAGUUUUCAGGGACUUUUCAGUCACAAACUUAGUGCUUCAGAGGACUGUAUUCACAUGAGCAGGAGUGUGCAUAAGAGGUUUAUCUGAAACCAACUUGCUCAUGUUCGGUGAAGGCACGUGUCACCUGGUGCAGCAGUGUGACUCAAGGAUGUGAUUUUUAGGCAACAUUUAAGCUCUUUUACAAGGAUAAUGAAAGGGCUGUAUCACAACAAAAGCAGGGAUUAAUUCAUUGUUGUGUUCAAAGGGGAUUUGUUAAAUAUAAGGGAAUUUGUGAACAAUGAGGGGAUUUGUAAAUACUGAGGAUGUUAAAAUCUUUCAAGGAAUAACUAAGCUACAGUGUCGGACCCUGCUGUUUUCAGACUGCGUCAGUGUUUUUCAGAUUGAAACUCUUUAGUUUUUAAUUUCUUUCCUCUCUUCAGUUCAUUAAUGAUCAGUCAUGGGGUUGGAUGACAGCGCUGGUGAACUGCAGCUCUUUUGGAGUCAUGUUUUGACCUUUGUUUCUGACUUUUAAGUCAUAUUUGUCCAGUAUUUUCCCCUCUGUUCACCCACAGACGGUUCAGCAGUGACUGUAUUUUUAUGUUUAACCCAGGAUCACUUCUCCUUCGUGUCUUCUUUACUUUUUAUGCCAACUGGCAGUCUGGCCGCUCCCCGCACACCUGUGGUUCUUAAUUGGCAGAUUGAUUGUGUAGCCUGUAAGCCCGACCUCCUGCAGAAAACACCAGACUGACCGGGGGUAAAAUGCCACAGAGCUAUAAAACACAAACCACCGUAUAAUGUGACUUUGUGAUCAGAUUUCCCCAGCAGAGGGUAGACUCAGAGCAGGAUAAAUGAUCCUUAAUAAGUUUGAGUGACAUGAAUUUUGAAUGGCAGAAGAGAUGGUAAUGGUCUCCUUACGGUGUUGAGACCGCGGUGAGUCAGUGUGCUGUCCCGAGAGGUACGUUAAUAGAGCAAGGCUGUGGAGUGAGAGCAUCUCCUUUGUUCAGAAGUCAAAGUUGAACUGUUUCCCUUCUCUGUUUGCUCAGGACAGAGCGAGCAGCAGUGGGGGAUGUGUACUCAAGGAGGGCUGUGUGAGGACACCACGCCCGUCCGUCUGCUGCAGUUCAAGCUCAGCGAUAGUGUAGUGCUCCAGGAGAAGGAAUAUGAUUUUAUAGAGGCCUAGAUAAAUAUUAGUUUCCCUUUGUGUCAGUUGUUGACUUAAGAUUUGUCAUGUGUGCCCAGUCACACAGCUGCCAGGACCUUCAUGACGUUGAAAACUGACCUCAUUGGAACAUGUGCAGUCGGUACUGCUAUUGAUCUCAUCGCCAGGGAAGUCACAGUAUUAGUAUCCUGUUAAAUGUCCCACUGAGCAAUAGUGGGACGACUAUUAGACGUCUAGUUUUUUUUUAGACCUAAUUUCAACCAUCUAGAUUUUGUAUAUUUUCAGAUGUAAUUUAGACAAUGCACCCAUUAUCUGAUAACUAUUUAUUUCAAAAAGCAACUGUGGGUUGCAUAACUGAUCUCCAAGUACUAAUCCAAAAUAAUUACGAUAGCAGUUGAGCAAUAUACAGUGUAGUAUAGAUAAAUGCCAGAUUUAGACUUGGUCUAAACUUGGUCUAAAUUCAGACGUCUAAAAAACUUACAUUUUUAGACCUGUGGUAGCCUGAUUUUAGACCAGUCGUCUAGUCUAUAUUUAGACCUCUUUUAGACCAAAACAUGCUCAGUGGGAUGUCUUUAUGAGAUAUUCAAAUUCACCAUUUUCUCUCAAGUUGUUGAAUUUUUUUAAUUCAACACUGUCCACAUUUUAUCACCGUCAGUCCCCUAAAUUUCACAAAGUCAUCUCAGGACAGAUCACUGUCUGGUAGUGUGUUAUAUUUUUGGACAUUUUUUCUCAUAUUGAAAGGAUAGAAAGGAAUCGCUACAUAGAAUGGACAACAUCAUCGCAUUUCUGCACAUCGCGAGCUUUAAGCCAAACAUCAGCUCCACAUUCAGGUGCACACAGUCAUGCUUUCAAAAUCACAGCAUGUAAAGAAGCAACCUAGUUGGCUGUGUUGUGGGACUGUGUCACACAUGCAAAGUGCUGUGUGCAUUAAACUUGCAGAUAAAAUGUUGAAGACUCUUCAGGCCAGUUUAGUCCACAGCAGAACAGAAUUUGUCUUGUGUUAGGUUUCUCUGCAGGAGCCCUUAUUUGUCAACAGAGCUGUCAAUCAUGAUGUUAUAGCUGCCCUUCUUUGAAAUUAUGAUCACUUGGAAAUAAAUAGCAAGUGAAUAAAUACCUGAGAUUUGAUAUGUGUCUUCAUAGUUUGGCCUCUUUUCCCUCUGUUUACAUGAGGUAGGCGGGGUUUAUGUUUACACCACAGCCAAUCAGCAGGGAGCUUUAAAUCUCCUACCUUCAUUCUAGAUUCUGUGGUUAGCCGUAUUAUUGAGGCUUCACAGGACCAUCGCUGAAUAAGUGUAUUGUGUAGUUUCAGCUAUUUUAACCUUUUCAAUUCAAAGAUACUUGUAAAAAAAAAUAAUAAUAAUAAUAAACAGUAUUUACUCUAUUAAAUCCACCCCUUGCAUUUUAAUAUCGACUACAAUGCAGCUGCUGUUGUUCAGCUUGAUGUGUCACAAUCACUAAUGUGCCUUGUGUUGCAAAUGAAGCUGAGAUGAUGUCUGCCAGUUCAUUAGUGCUAAUUCAUGUAAAGUGAAGAGAAGAGGGGAGAGAAGAAAGGGCGAGAAUGAAAGAGACAGUGAUGAAUAAAAACUGAGGAAGGCUGGUGUGGCCUUAUGCAGAUCCCUCCUCUCCACUCAAUUUUCAUUUCUACAAGCUCCAGCAAAAUUUUAGCCUAAGUCUCUGAUCUUAAGGAUUGUUUUCAUUGACGGGGAGGAAAGCUAUUUCUGUGCAAAUCAGUUCCUCUUUUUUUCAUUGCUGUUCACUUGAUCAGACGCUGCAGCUAGUUUGACAACCCUGCGUCUGUAGAAGUGUGUGUUUGUGUAAGCGUGCGUGCUCAUUUAUUGCUUUCAAAACUCAUAAUUUCUUGGAGCAACAGUGGCAUCAGACGGUAUCAGGCCCACUUAGCAUUUAAAUAGCACAGCCAGGAGUGACAUUUCACUGCUUUACACUGUCUUUUUAGACCAUUUAUCAUCAUCAAGGUGGCUAAAGCCCAUGUAGUUCAGUCCCUAUCUCCUCCUGUCCUUGUCCUGUUGUGUGGUUUGGUGAGAUAGUCUGCAUACAAUGGAUGAUAUGACAGCAAACAGCCGUCUCCCAUGGAGCUUCAAUCAGCUGCUUAUAUACUCGCGAUGACAGCGUAACCAGGGAUAGACUGAUUAAUUGGACAGGCCUAUUAAUAUGGUAAAUCUGUGGCAUUUUGAAAUAAUUGGCAUCCUCUAAUACGUGUGCUCACAAGAUUGAUUAAAAUAAAUGAGCAAGUAAUGUCUGCAGACACUGCAGGCAGUCUUGUUAGUGAUGUUAACACCCCUUUGAAUGAUAACAAGUUUUCCCCAGCCUGAACCGAUGUUUUUGUCCUUAGAUUAUCAUAUUUCAUCAAAUCGUCACCCUAUUCUAAUAAUGGUUUGAGCCAUUUUUUGAUAAAAAUACAUUUUUGGCCUAAAUCAUCUCUUGAUAUUGCUGGCCAUCUCUGUUAAAAUCGCCUACCAUCUCUGGCAAAAUCACCUACCAUCUCUAGUAAAAUCACCUAUUUUUUCUGGCAAAAUCACCUAUUAUCUCUGGUAAAACAACCUACCGCCUCUGGUAAAAUCGCCUAGCAUCUCUGGUAAAAUCACUUAUCAUCUCUGGUAAAAUCAUCUAUUUUCUCUGGUAAAAUCGCUUACCAUCUCUGGUAAAAUCACUUAGCAUCUCUGGUAAAAUCACCUAUUAUCUCUGGUAAAAUCGCUUAGCAUCUCUGGUAAAAUCAUCUAUUUUCUGUGGUAAAAUCACCUACCGUCUCUGGUAAAAUCGCCUACCAGAGACAGUAGGCGAUUUUACCAAAGAUGGUCAGUAUUAUCAAGAAAUGAUUUAGGCCAAAAACUCAUUUUCGUCAAAAAAUGACUUAGGCCAUUAUUUUAAUAUGGUGACGAAAUGCAAAAACACAACAACGUGAUAUUGGCUUCAUACAUCAUCCUUUAGAUGACCCGUGCUGUAAUCAUCAGCGUUGGUAUCUGCUGUUGGAAAAACAGUAUCAGUUUACCACUAGCUUUGAUGCUGAUUUUUAUUUUAAAUUUCAUUAUUUUUAAUCCCGUUUAAGCGUGUGUAUGUAGCACUUGAAUUAUGAUACAGCUAAAAUUCAUGAAUGCAGGUUUUAUUUCUGCUAGAAUUUGUCAUACAUUCAUGUUUUGGACAAACAGAAAUUUUGGAUAAAAAGUUUAAAAGUUCAGGGAUCACAAUAAUAUCAGAAUUCAUCUUGAAGGAGUUUCAGUACCUGUAAUAUAUUUCAGUCUAAGAGUUGUGGAGACGUUUCAUUUAAUAAGGAAAUCUUCAACAGCCCUGUUUUCCUUCGUCGCCUGGAAACUUUUGCAACAGUAAUGGACGGACAGCCUGACAUGACUGUUCCUUGAGCCUUGCCAGGGGGGGAUUCACUCUUUGCACAAAAGCGCUUGCCAAAUGAAUGUUAUCUAUCUGUGUGCACCGGCAUGCAGGUGUCCAGAUAAUUAGUUCAGGUUUGGCUGAGGAGAGAGAUAGAGCUUUGUUAAUAGAAGUUGAGAAAUGUGGGUGUUGUUCUCUGAAUGUCAGGCUUGCAGCCUAAUUGGGAUGUUGUUAGGCUGCUGUGGAGCUGUCAAAUGUCUACCAAUUAUAAGUGCUUCCCCUAGUAACCCCUGAAAAUCAUUGUCUUAUUUUAAUUAAUGCUUUUUACACCGGCCAAAAAAUAAGCAGAUUAACCAGGACUUUGAACUGUCAAGUACUUUGAUAGUAUUCUUUGAGGGUUUUUAAUGUCAGCCAUAUUUGAAUGAUGUUUCCUUGUGACUGUUUGACCCCAUGCAGGUUCCCUAGGAGAGGUCCGUCUUAUUAGGUGUCAUACGAAAUAGAGGAUUACAGGAGAGGACACUGGGGGGACACUGGUAAGUUCAGACUUACAACUGUGUCACAUUAUCAGCAGAACAUUACUGAAACAAGACUUCCUCUAUAAUGCAUGUCUUUUUUUAUUUGCUAAGUGUAGCCUGAGGGACCAAUGGAGCAGUUAGGGGGGGAUCUGAACCUCUCCUUUCUGCUGGAACAUGAAAGAGACAUGAUUCUGAAGGUGCUGCAGAAAGAUGAGAAACUGAGGAAACGAGAGGAGAAGAGGAUAAGGUGAGGACUUCAGCAUCGGCCAACAAACUUGGAGUUUUUUCCCGUUUUACUCCACCUUCAAAUCCCUUCAUGUGUCUGUUUUUCUGUCUUGCAGGAAACUGAAGAAUGAGCUGCUGGAGAUCAAACGAAAAGGUACCCGUCGGCCUCAGGAGCUGGGGGAGCGACAGUGCGCUCGCUGCCUCAAGAACUUGGGCCUGAUUUUUGACCGAGGAGAUCUCUGCGAGGAGUGUCAGCUGCGUGUUUGCAGCGACUGCCGUGUUAAAGCUCCUCAGUCUCGGUAUUGGAAAUGCAACGUCUGUGCCAAGAUCUCGUAAGUGUGAUGCCAGGAGGAACCAAAACAGGAAUAGACUCCAGAUGGUUUGGAUUAGAUAGUCAAUUAAACCACAUCUGUCCCUGUUUGUCCCUGUGGGGCAGAGGUAUCUCAGCUCUGCGAUCUCAGAGAAAAUGUACCUGAUAAAAGACAUGGCUCAACAACACAGCAUUUUAGCCCUUUUAAAAUUACCCUUUGGGGAUUUGAAGCAGGAAAGGGCUCAUCUGAAAACAGUACGACGUACUGUGAUACACUUAGUACUGCAGAUUAUUUGGUUCUUACCAAGACAAAAAAAACUCAGAUUUAGAAGUGUUAGAUAAUUUUUCUUGUUUUAAGACUUAAUUUCUUCACACUUAAAUCUUAUAUCAAACACAAUCUAAUCUUUUUUGUCUCAAAUAGCCGGGAAAUCUUGAAAUGAGGAAAAUAAUUGUUAAAAUAAGUUAUAAUCCAUCUUUAUCCUAAAGUCUCAUCAAAAGGAAUCUUGUUUUAAGAUUAAGUAAGUCUUGUUUCAAGAUAAGCCUGCUUGGAUUGAGACAAAGUUUAGUCAUUCUUCACAAAUACUGGGUGUUUCUGGGUAUUUAAUUUUUUUUUAAAUUAAUCUACAGCUUAAUUUGCCAAAAGUAAGAAAACAAAAUAUGUAAUUGCUUAUAUUUUGAGGCUGUAAAAAAGUUUCUUUUUAAGUUAUCUCAUCUUAAAACCAGCAUUUUCUCCCUACCUUACACUUAUAUUUAGUACAUUUAGCUUAUUUUAGGGCUGUAAAAGUUAUAUUUCAAGUAAUCUGAUCUUAAAACCAGCAUUUUAUACCUAUUUUAUGCUUAUAUUUAGUAUAUUUAACUUAUUUUUGGGGCUGUUAAAGUUAAAUUUUAAGUAAUCUAAUCUUAAAACCAGCAUUUUUGGCUUACCUCAAGCCUUCCAAAUACAUUUGUAGACAUGCUUAUUUCUAGAUUUAACAAUCUUGAUUUCAGAAAUCUUGUCAAGUGAUUAUCUUGCUGCAUGGACAGAUAAUUUCACUUAUUUUUAGUACCCUUUCCCUCAGAUUUAGUGUUUUUAUCUUGUUUUUAGACCCCCUUUUUUAGCAGUGUAGGGCUGCUCCUGGUGUUAUGCAUGCUGGGUUGCUGAUAUGAACUACAAGCAGACUUCAUUCAGCCAACAAAUGUUUCUGUCUUAGAACAAUUUUGGCUGCUCAUGUUUGUUUCGAUGCAAUGAUAAUUUUCAGCUGUCAUUCUUGCUGGAUUUGUCGGGGUUAUUUUCAUGCCAAAGAAUAUAUCAUAAAUACAAAUCUCUCCUCUGUGCAACUCUGCAUAAUUACCCCGUAGCCAUAAGCUGUUGUUUUCCAUUCAAAGUGCAAGGAGUAAAACUUUUCUCAACUUUCUUGCUAAAAGUGAGAAAUCUUUUGGCUCGUAAACCUACAUUUGUAUCCCACAGCUAAAGUAAUUGUGCCAAAAACACCAAAUACGAGCAGAAUCAGCAGUAUAGGAGAAGGGGAGUACCUGCAGGUCUUGAAAGGUUGCAGAACACAUUGAUUCAAUUUUUCCUAAAAAGCUAUAAAUUAUUUACAAAAUUUUGAAUUAGUUUGUUUCUAGCUUGCUUGAGGCAAUAACAUUUGUGAAAAAGGAUUUUUUUUUCAAUCAUAGUUUUGCAAAUAAAGUCCAACCUUAUGCAGUUUUAAUAUGUGUGUUCGGAAUAAAUAAUGAGGCGUAUUCAGACUGUUUCAAUCUGUCAUUUUGUAUUUAAUGUUUUUCUUUUUCCUUUGCUUGUUGUCUUUUAUGCUUAUUAAGAAUUCAGUGCCUGGGGAGUGCUGAAAAAUAUUUUGAUAAAUUACUUAAAAAUUAGCUUUGUGAGUCAUAAAUCCCGCUGGUAUUGAGCGAUGGCUUCUUGCUUUUGUCAAUAUGAAGGUGAAAGAAGUGCUCCGCUGCAGAUGUAGAAAGAAGUAAUUGAAAACAGUAGAAAAUGUAAACAUUAUGAGUCAUGAAGGACCCAGUAGAAAUUGGACGUUGUUGUUGUUGUUGCAGGGAGCUGAAGGUGGUCACCGGAGAAUGGUUCCUGGAGGAGCGGUCAAAGCGAUUUGAGCAAGAAGUGGCAAGCUGUGAUGUGAUCAAAAACACAAUCAUGAGCACCCCGAUCAGUAAGUAACACCACUAGUCCUGAAAACUGCAAUCCAAACCAUAAAACUGAGCUUGAAAUACCGUAUCAAACAUAUUAAUGUUUUCUGUCGUUUCUCAUACAAGUCUCUAAAAGGUCUAUAGAAAAUUUGUCAGCCGAGUCAGAGAGACCUGACUCUCCAAAGUCCCAUAAGAGUGGAUUAUUCAGGAAAGGGUAAGUAAAGGAUGUGACCCAGCUCAAUUAACAUUCAUGCAGACACAUACAUAUUUCAUAUUUAAUAGUGUUUACUCAGUGGAUGUCACUGUCAAAGAUGCCAAAAGAGACACAUAAAUAAAACUUCUCAUACUAGGUUUAAAGAAAACUGUAUUGUGUUAAGACUUGACCUUUAGUGCAAAGGCAUUAUGGGACAAAAGGAUGCUCAACUGAUUUGCCAGAGACCAGGAAUCUAUUCAAAAUACAUCUGGUAAAGCAAUGAAGGAGUAAGUGGAUUUAACUGGCACACAUUUUUCCUCAUCUUACUUCAUUGUAUUGGUUCCUGAAGGCAUCGUAGACAGUGAUUCAGACAAAGAAGCCAUUAAGACAAAAGGCAGCGCAGAUAAACAAAAAACAAUGGCUGCUUUAAUGUGAGAAUCACAAAAGCAGCGCGGUGGCUGCUGGAGACCCUACUAUUUUAAAAUAGAUUAAUCCAUCUUUCAGGCAAUGAAUCCAAACAACUUCCUUUUUUUAUACGUGAAGAAAGAUUGUAAUGAAUGUAGGAAAACAGUUUUAAUAACCACUAAAGAACCACACAGUGUGAAAAGAUAAAUAUUUUUCUCUGCUUAUCAUUUUAAACUUCCCACUUUUGAGUCUCAUAGAAGCAGAAUGGACACCUGGUCAGUAUUAACUAGUAAGAUGUCAAACCUGACCAACUGUUUUUGAAGAUAAAGAUGGAAACAGGCAAAAUGGAAAGCUGGUUAUAGAACUGUAAUAUGAAAAUAUCCAGGAGUUGUUUAUGUCUAACAACAGUGUAUUUCCUCUGAGCUGUAACCUGUGAAGCUGUGAGUGACUAAAAGCAUGGAGAUGCUGUGUGAGUAUUGAACAGUCAUGGAAUAUUUCUCUCGUAACAUGCUUGUUUUUCUCUGUGCAGAAGAAUUAAAGCGGAUAAAAAGGGCAGCCGAUCUCCACUGAAGUCAGAGAACGGAGUCGACAGUCCGAGCCCUAAAUCCAUGUCAGAUGGAGAUACUCACAGCCAACACAGUAUUCACUCCACUGCAACUUCACAUUCAAACAGGUGCUUUGGCAUUACUGAGAUAAUUAUGAGUCAUUGCUCUAAUAUGUCAGAGUUCACAGUAGCACAGGUCUGGAAGCUGAUUUCAACUCUAAUAAACAGUUUUAGGAUUUAUUGGUUAAAUCAGUUUGAAAAAUCAAGAAUUACAGACGUCCGAGAUACAUUGCUGUUUUUUAAAUGUACUUUAAAUGGCUGAAUAAGAAAUAUGCAUAAAGACAUACUGUACCUAACUGGAUGGCACUGAUGGUAAAAGGUUUAGUCAAACUGGAGUGUCUAUCACGGCAGCGUUUGAAUAAAUCUUGUCUAUCCAGCAAAAUACUCUGAGGAAGUGUUAAAAAAAAAAGAUGGAGGAUGAAGGAAAAGUUAGUGCGACUGAACUGGUUCCUUUCUGGUUUUCAGGGGUGGCGCUCUGGCCUUGGAGUCCUCGGGGUUGCCCACAGUCCCCAACAACCUGCGUUCUCAAACUGCAGAUCAUUCCAACGACAACCGGAGGGUCAGGGUCAGCAACUCAUGCAGACAAACACCAGACCGGAGUAGUAGUGCACUGGAGGAAACUCUAAAUAUAUUACAAUUUUACUAACUAAAAUGUGUAUCUCUGUUUGUUAUACAGCCUGAUGGAGCCGAGAGCGUGGUCAGUUUACACUCCAGUGACAGCACACCUGAGAAAAAAGGUCAUGCAUAUCGCCCAAGGAGUUCAGGGGCCCCAACUAUCUCUGUGUCCAAGGCCUCAGUUUCAUCAGGUAUCUCUGCGACAACCCACAACUCUUUUUUUCACAUAGGCGAGGCAAGUUUAUGUAUACAGCAACUAGAAAAUUCAAAAUGCUUCAGACAAGACAUAAAAGAACCAUUAAAAGGUCAGAAAAUACAUAUUAAAGAAACACUUUGGGUGACAUUCAAAAUCUUCAAAACAAGCCAUUAAAGAUAAAAAUGGACAUCAAAACAGUUUUUAAGGUAAUCUGAUAAAAGGCAGCUGUAAAAAGAAAAGUCUUGAACCUGGAUUUAAAAGAUCAUAGAGUUUCGGCAGACUCAACAUUUUCUUGUGGUUUGUUUCAGAAAUAAAAGCAUAAAAACUUAACACUGCUCCUCCAUGUUUGGUGGUACAAGAGUGAUGGGACUCCUGCUCUUGUCUUACAAUUUCUCAGCUAACAUUUUGAUAUCUUAGGCACAGGUUUCACAAUGGUUUAAAAGCAGCGGUAAACCAUCCAAGAUGAUGUUAGAUGAUUGAACCAGGGCUGUGAAAAAACACUCAGCUGCACAGAAUCACUUUGUACUUCUUCUAUCUGGAGCAGAUGUCGAGCUUGCAAAUUACGAGUCCAUCUCUGUUGCUCCUUUUAAAGUUUGCACUCUCUCUGUAUGAAGAAUAAUAAAGCCCACUUUAUCUUUUAUCUUCACUAACAGCUGUGAAGAAGCAUGUCAAAAAUUUUAAAUGGAUUCAUUUAGUGGAGUUACCUUGAGGAGAGCUGUUGAGUAAGGAUCUUGACUCAUGCCCGCAGACAUGUCAGACUACAUUAAACCUUUUUCUUUCACAGCAGUGUAUUUGCAUUCGAAGGACAGAUCUUCAUGAAUCGAGUACUUUAGUGUAAAUUUAUUCAUAGGCUUGUGUCUGACUAUUUGGUCUCCACCUCUGAGAGUCCCUGCCUCUGGUUCCCAGUCAUUUGGUUGUUCAAGAACACUGUUGGAUGUUGUGAAUUAUAUCUGAGUUGUUGGACAAGGAGUUUGUGCCAGUCAGCUAUUACUCUGUUUGCAUAACAACUAAAGGCAGGAAAAACAGCAGCACAAGCCAUAUCUCUGAAGCUCAAAUGUAUGGAAACUUAGUAGUUAAUGAGACAUUUUUCGCACUACAUUCAGUCUUUUUUAAAGUUAUAAACCAAAUAUUUUUUUCUAUUCAGAUAAGUGGUUAAAUUUAGCUAGACAAUUAAUCUAUUUUAUAUUUGGAAGGAAAAAAAAUCUUAAUUUCCUUUAGAUUUAAACCAAGGUGUUACAAACUAAUGGCACUCGUGGACCUGGUUUCACAUAAAUACAUUGCUUUUUUAAAUUUGCCCACUUGAACUUCAAGCAUUUUACUUACAGCGUGAUUUCACAAUUUCAUGAGUUUGAAUCGUAGGCAGCAUUGUUCUGUUGUUGAGUAGUUAUAUAAACACUAGAUAUAUAAACACUAGAUGGCUCACACAUGCUGUUAGCCAAUGGAGACAGACAUCCGUGCGUGGCGGCCAUUUUGCUACGGGAGGCUCGCCCACUCAUAACAUUACAGUCUACGUUGCAUGUGGCAUUUGAAUAACCAUAAAUUGCUUAAUUUUAAACCGAUUUUCAAACGGUUUGGUUUGUAACAAACCUCAGAGUUUCUCUGGACUCAAGGAUAAUUUUAAUCAUGGGUUUUCAUAAAUAAACAUUAAGCAGAUUGGUAGAGCAAUAGCUAUAGGCCUACAAACACAAGGCAGUUAUAUUAAAUCAUUUAUAUAUAAAACAUUUAAUCAUUCCAUGUGUGUUAUAUUGUAAUAUUUCUAUUAUAGGGAUAGCUAUAAUAACAUAAAGCAAUAACAUACUGUAUAUAUAUAUUAAAUUUCAAUAUAAAUUUCUGCCUCGUGUUGCCAUUUUAGAUUUUUUUAACAAACCAAACAGCUUGGAGAUCACGUGAAACUUAAGUUAUGUUGAAUUGAAAGAGCGUUUCUGCCUCUCAAACUAAUGUAAAAUUGCUGGGUCAACUUUGUAAUAUGUACUUGGUCUUACUUACAGCGAGUCUGUUAGCCAAGUAAGACAGCUGAUAAACACAAGCACAUCAACAAAGACCGUCACUUAGACAAAAUCACUAAAUACAUUGAUAAAAAAUAGGCUGUCAUACAAGAAAUGAAAAUCUCGAUUGUGGUCUGCCUUGACAACUCACGCAAAGCGACUCAAAGUUAGCCCUUUGUGCCCAAAUAGCCAUGAAACAACUGUGCUGCACGAUUAAGUCUUUUUCUCUCAAAGAAAAUCUGCCAUUUCAAUAUGUCCAAGCAUCCCGACUCAUAGCUACGUUAUUAAGGUCUGUAAAAAACAAAACUAUUUGUAAAUCUGUCAAGAUUUCAGGAAUUAAGAGUAUUUCUAAUCAUGCAGAUUUCUCACCUCCCGUCAGCUACCAUAGAGCGUAGCAGAAUGGUGUACUGGAGUAAGAUGGCCUGCCGUGUAGUGCAAUGGUGGUUCUUAUAGUUAUCUAUGGUUCACUCCUGGACAGUUCAUGUCACCAUAGCAACUCCCGUCUUUCUGCUGCACAGACUGUUUGCGUCAGUGUUUUCCUGCUGAUGAUAACGAUGUUGGCCGCAAAGUUCGACAUAAUGCAAAUCAAAGUAAAAUCCAGUUCCAGCUGUGUAAGCAUAAAAGAUUUCCCCUGCAGUGUGGUAUGUGGUCAAUUUGGCGUCCCAAAAGCAGCUCCAGUUUGUGUCAGGUGGGACCGCAGUCAAGCUGGAGCUUUUAGAGGAUUUGUAUUGAACUAAAAAGUAUCCAGAGCAGAAAGGAAGAAGUGUUGAAGUUAGCGUGACAUACUAAGUUCAAAGUAUGCAUUUGUAAAGAAUACACUUUUUUAGACUUUAUAAAGUGAAUUUGCAUUUUUAAUGCUGAGGCUAUGGAGGUGAAAAAUCCAAUGUUUAUUGUCACAGCCUUCUAAAUCUUAGGGAAGCAUUAUGGGUAAUUUCCUGUAUAACACCAAAUCAAAAACAGUAUUUUCUACUAAAAAAUACAAGGAAAGUUAAUAUGCUAAUCCUAAUGUUGUUCAUGCAUUCUCCAAGCAGAAAAGAUGAUGACAUGGUUCAGUUUCUCCCCUCUUUUGCUCUGUCGGCCUCCAUUCCUCAGAUUUUGCCCCCUGGUUUUUGGUUCCCUCCAAACAGCAUCUUGUAAACAACAUUUGUUUCUCACUUUCUCUUUAUUCCCCCGGGUCCCUCUCUCUCUCUCUCUCUCUCUCUCUCUCUCUCUCUCUCUCUCUCUCUCUCUCUCUCUCUCCCCUUCCUCCCUGCACCAGAUCUCAGUCGCUCAGAGAUGGACCUGUCAGCUCCUGGUUCUGAACUCAGUGAUGAUGCCUUUAGUCACAGAAGGCAUUCAGUCCCCGGGCUCACUGAAACAGUAAGAGGCAUCACUCUGCCGCUUCUUCUUCUUCUUCUCUUAUCUGUAUCCAUGCACAUCGAUUUCACAUUUGUCAUUGUAAAAUUCACACCGCUUGUCUGGGGUUUUAGUCCAUGCCCCCUGCUAAAUGAAUACACACACUACACUGUAUGCUUGUUUUGAGUUCAUCUGUGGGCUGAUGAACUUGGUGCAUCAGGCGUGGGGCUGAAUGCUGAUUUCCCUUUAGAGCUCACUUCAAAGAGCAUCACAAGCAUCUAAACGGCUGUAGGCUGAAAACAGGUGGAGGAUCUGAUGGUCUGUAUAGAGCUGCUUUGUCUCUGUGAUUACUCAGUGUUCAUUUGCUUUCAAAGCACUUCACAAAUGCACAAGCACUCAAGCUCUCACAUUUGCUGUAUCUCUUACUCAUCCAUUCAUGCUCAUAAGUUUUCUGUAAACCCAGUGACUUUGGGAUUUUUGCACGUAAAAAUUGAGUAAACAAACAACCACAGCCAUCGCUGACUCCUCUGAUUAAAUUUAUGGAAGCCGGCUGUAUUCGCCCACGCAGAGCCCAUGUGUUGAAAACUCUGAAAGUACAGAGAUGCUUUGGCCAGCUUCCCAGAUGCCAUCUCCUCUUUUGAUUAAAUCUGAACGCUGUCAUCCGCAGGAUUUCACUGAUGAGGAUGCCGAGGAAGACAUUGAUGCGCUGAUGUCAGCCCACAGCAAGAAUGCCAAACAACGCCCUAGCAUCGCCAUGUCAAUGGUAACACCCAUGUUAAAGCUAUUACAAACACAACAAUGUAAAAGUGCAGCUUCUGGGAAGUCCUGUGUGCUCAAAUACAGUACAAACAUGAACAUCCACACUCUGUGUACAUCAUCACCUGAUGCUUGAGUCAGGUGUGUGUGUUUCAUUGUUGACUGAGUAAACACUGUGGGAGACAGCUGGUGUCACGAAACACCCUCCACUGCACGCUUAGGGAGCUGGUUGCAUUUACAUGAACUAACUUGACUUGUAGUAUGGUAAUGAAAGAUUUAUGUUAUCAUGUGUAUGACAGGAGCAUGCUGCAGCGAACUUUAUGAAUGUAGUUUAUUGUGGUGGGUGUGUUCUGUAUAAAUUCAAUGAAGAUCCAUUAUAAGUCGUUUGUAGGGCUUUAAUCUUUUACAGAGUUCAGUUUAUCAGUGUAGCCAAACAACAUAUUAAGCUUAAUCAAAUCACAGCAAAACUGUAUAAGGAGCAGGUAAUUUUAUGUACAGAGACCAAACAUGAAUUGACUAAUGAUCAAAUACUCGGCAGAAACUGUGAGGAGAACAAGAGUUAUUGGUUGAGAACUAAGCCAGCUGGUCCAGUCAAUAUUAUAAUUUUUUAUAUUAUUAUAAUCAAUAAAUUAUGUUUUAUGAUAUUAUUUCCUUUAUUUUUAUGAUAUUAUUUCCUUUAUUUUCCAAACCAAAACUUGUUGUAUGAUGUAUUUCGUGUUUACCUCUGGCCUGGCUGUGUUUGGUGUUAGUGUCGUCUGUCUUGUAUGUAAAUUAGGUGUGCCAUCGCAUGCUCCUGAUUGGCUGCUCAGGUGGCCAGUUUUUGGUGUUGUGGUAUUUCUUGGCUGGCUGGUAGUUUUUUCUUCGUGUGUGUCGACUAUCUUGUAUGCAAAUUAGGUGUGCCAUCACAUGCUCUCCAUUGGCUGCUCCGGCAGCCAUUUGGGGGCUUGCCUCGUUCUUGUAGGACUUUUUCCUCGCUUUUUGCUCUGGUGACUUUUUCAUGCCGUGGUAUUUCGUAGCUGACUGACAGUUUUUUCCUGGUGUGUAGGGAGGUACUUGUGUAGCACAUAGCCGUCAAACUAUACCCCCUGUGGCAGCAGCAUCUUUUCUCACAAACCGUAAUUUGUGAAACGGUUGAUUUGCUCGGUUAUUUACCUCAUCACAUCCAACUUAGAAACAAUCCAUUUUGUCACUGCGGAAGCAUAAAUUCAAUCAAGACAUGGGUGAAAAUCAUCCCCUGAGUUGCAUGUAUUAUUAUCCUACAUAAACUUGCACAUUCUUUGCACAAAUCCUCAUAACAAAGUAUAUGGAGUCAAGUCAGGCACAAAAAUCCAGUUAUUGACCCGAGCUAUAUAAUUGGCGUAUUUCCUGAGUCACAAUGUGUUCAUUGUUGUUGUGGUGUGUCUCUGUGUGUAAUUUGAGAACUGCAUAGGUGAGCCAGACGCCCUGCCUGUCUGACAUUUAUCAAAUCAUCUUCUAAAUGUCUAACAGCCAUGACUGAGCUGCAGUUGGCUGAAUGGCUGGGAGUGGGGGAGAUGAGCAGAGACAGGAUAAGAGCUGAGUCUUUCGAUGAAUUAAGCUCUUAUAUCCUCUGCCCUAUAACAUGAUUCAUUUCAUGGAGGGCUUUGGUGUAUAAUGGGGCACAGCUGAAGCAGUAUUAGUUCUAUUAUUCAAUGGUGUCAUUUCUCUCCACUUGUGAGAUCCUGUUUUUCAGAGCUAUAGAGACAAAUCGGUAUCUACUUUAUUAAUUCAGACCUGAAAUGAUUCCUCCAGUCAUGACGGUCGUUAUUUUCAUGAAGAGGUGUCAGUUUACAUCCCUGAUCAAUGUGCAGGAUGUGUUUUGCAGUGCUUUUUUAACUACUUAGAACUUCACAGUGAGGUUUUUUAUUACCUUUUUUUUUAGAGAACUAUAAAGGGCAACAAAAUAUCAGAAACCUCUGACAAUUGAACAGCUGAAACUGACAGUGCUGUUGUGAGACUGUAAAUUUUAGAGUUAUAAAAAAAGACCCUUCAGCUUGGAAAAAGUUCAAUCAAAAGGUCAAUUGUCAACCAGGUUGGAGACACUGCAGUGCACAUCUACUUUCUUGUCCAAAUUUAGUCAGUUCUGAGUAUUUUACGAACUAGAUGCUUAUAUUCGAAGUGAUGCACAUAUGAAUCAUACACCAGUGGAGGACACACACUGGGAGCAAGGUCGGUUAAGUGUCUUGACCAUGGACACAACAAACAAACACGGGGGGAAAUCGAACUGCCAACCUUCCAGUUGUUGGACGACCGCUCUACCUAUUGGAGCUACUGCCGCCCCCGAGUAGAGUAGAAAAUAGAUGGUGGCGAAAAUGCCAAACUCGAGUUUUCAAAGUAGAUUUUCCGAAACCAUAAUGAUUUUUGUACAAUAUAUGGCUUCACUUAUACUUUCUAAACUGUCUAUGAGCAAAAUCCACUCUCAGAGCAGAAACAAAUAACUCAUUCAAGAAUUUUAAACUCAUGUAAGUUUAAAUCUUAAACUGAUUGUACUGCAUUAAAAACAUACAUACGGCUACUAAGGUCCAUAACUGCUGGCCAAGCCAUUGUACACUGGUACUUUAAGAAUCACUGCAGGUAUGACAGUUAUCUGAGGCGGACAUAAACAUGAAAAAUCAUCCAUCCAAAAACAAACAAACAAGCAAACAAACAAACACUCAUAUGAACAAUAAGGUAGAAAUAUUAGGAAAAAGCUGAGAAUGACCAAAGUCCACAUGACUCAUUACUUUAUAUAAGUUCAGAGAUAUAAUUCAAACCAUUGAGGAGCAUUUCUCUUACUUCUCUGAUUAUUGCCCUGUUUCCUGUAUGUGUGUGUGUGUUAAUGUGUAUGUCCAUGUUGAUUCCACUGAUUCCAGAUGAGUUGUAAUCUCUGAGGUUCAUCUGAUAAUCACCAUGGUAACUGUGUGUAAUGUGUUUUCUGGCUGUGCUGCUGUGGAAGGGUCUCUCCUCUGAAGCAGCCCCUCCUCUGGGGCCUGGUGGGGUCUGCGCUCUGGGUCUGCCUCUAUCACUAACACAUCAAAGAGCUCAGAUCUUUCUCACUCUCUCUCUCUCUUCUCCUAUCUUUUUCCUUUCUUCCCCUUGUUUAUCUCUCUGUCUCUGAAAUGAAUUCUAGUCUUCCACUCCGGGCUCAGACAGAAGGUGGGGACACCUCAAUGUCCCCGACUCGGAUGCCGAGACUGUAAGCCUCAUCUCUCUUUUCUUUUAUGCAUGUGCUGAUAAACACCACCAAAUUAUAGGACAGAAAAAGUGCGGCAGGACAAGUGUUACAUACAACAAUAAAUGAUGUACAGGAUUUUUCUCCUACAUAUACGGCAUCUGCAUAAACUGUGUGUGUUUGUACCCAUGCCUUUUCAUGUGAUGUUAGCCACACAGUUGGUCUAACCGUCUCACAUUAAACCAGUCAUUUAUCUCACUGGCUCGCCACAGGAAGCAAAUGAAGUAGACUUUCCAGUAGAAGAAGCCCACUGUGCGGCUCGUUUUAGGCUUCUUUAUUUCAGUUCAGCAGAUAACUCUAUGUUAUCAGGGGAUUUAGCUGUUUUCUCUCCAGAGCUACAUUCAGGUUUGUCUGUUUCAAAGUGAGCUGCUGUCUUUGUACACCACAUACAUUUUGCAAUUACAAAGUAUGAGGAUUAUGGCAUGAAGCUCUUUGGAUUAUUAUGUAUGAUCUUUAGUUUUUAAUUUGAUACAUUUUUAAAGGCAUGGUUGACGAUCUGAGAAGCAGUUGAAAAAAACUGAGCCGUUGAGGCAGAUUUGAAAAAAGCGUCCCACUACCCACACGCAAACCUUUCCCCUCUGUGCUCCACGAUAACUCCCCCAAACCUGUAUCUUCCUCCCCACGACACACCCCCUCUGGCAGAGCAAGAAGCCGGCCAGCAGAAGAUCCUACGCUAGCUUUAAAUAUAAUUCACCAUGUCGGAUUGCGAGUGACUAGCGACAGAAAAUGCCAGCUCUGCUAGCGAGCACCAUCUGCAGCUGCCUGGACAGCUACCGUGUUGACAUUGCAGAGACUAAUAAGGGUUAUUUAUGUAACACGUGCCACGAUAAAAGGCAAAAAUUGCCGGUUCAACAAAAACUCUGCUGUCUUGGCAUCUGUUUUCAGGCCCAAAUCCUGGCGGGGCUUUCUCUACCACUCGUAGGAUGACCCAAUGUUUAUUCGACAUUGCCUCUCCAUUUCUGCCCUUUCUUCUGUCAGCUUGCGUUUACUUCCCACUUGGCGGUGGAAAACCAAUAGUGUUUUUUUUCCGUCCUUCUCGAUCACAGCUCCUGUAGCUGAGCUGCCAAUAGGAGCUGUCCGAGACACAUGGCUCCCAUUGGUCAAUGUUUUUGCAGCCCUGCACCUGCGAGGGAAAACAGAUUUUUUCCAUCCUGUUAUCUCUUCACUUUACAUACAGAAACAAUGAAAAGUAACUAAAACUUUAAACUGUAAAAACAAAAUACAUCCUAAGGGAAACUUGGAAGCCAAAAUCUAGAGUAUAAAUCAGUGCCGCCCACUUACCUCCACCUACUUUUAAGCAUACAUGGAACACACUCAUGCACCUCCAGGGAAAUUAUUCUCUGCACCGUUAUCUCUUGAAAACUGUCACCUUUCUAAACGGUCAGUCUUUCCUGAAGACGAAGCUGUCCAGAGGAUGUCCAGUAUUUGAGAAUAAGUGCCUGUUUAUCCUGUGGCAAUCACUCUUAAGGUCCUGACAUACUCUUGAACAUUAUUUACGCCUGCAAAUCUGGCACAUGACCCAAUUCAGAAGGAAAGUUUUCAAUGUUUCUAACCCCUUUACUCACAUAAGCACAAACCCUCCUUCCCCUGAGCAGUGCUUUACUUUUUUAUGUGGAGUGAAGUUCCCCCACCCCUCUAAAGUUCAUUUUAACAGCAGGCUACUGAAUAUUUGACGUCUGAAGUCUACACUAUAUUUAUAUUUUAGGGAGUGCAUUUGUAGCCAAGUAUUAUUUCACAUGGCAUUAGCCUCACUCUUAACAUUACCAUGCGUUGCCACAGAUUUGAUUCAUGUUGUUUUAUUUCUUCUUGUUUCAUCAGCAUUCCUGUGAUAUGUUAGAUGCUUGUUUUCGUCUUUCAUCCCACUUCUGUACUUUGUACCUCAUGUGUUGCACUCAUUUCCUAUCCUUACCUCUUCAUCUCCUUCAUUGACCUUCUCCCCCUCUCAUUAUCUCUGCCUCUCUAUCCCCCGUGUGUGCAUUACAGAGUAGCAUAAACAGCAUGUUGAGCAUGUACAGUGAAUCUGGUGACUAUGGCAACGCCAGGGUGAGCGGCGAGAUCCUGCUGAACAUCAGCUACAGCUACAAAACCGGUGCUCUCAAUGUCCUGGUGAAGGAGUGUCACAACCUGGCAACAGGAGAUGAGAAGAGGCAACGCACAGACGCGUAAGAGCAAACACAUUAAGAUGAUAUUUUAGCGCCGUGAUGUGCAGAGUUUGGAUUUUUUUUUUCUGCUUAUCUCUUCUUCAAAAAGUUCUACAACAUUUUUGGGAAUUUACUUCUGCUUGAGUGAAAUGAUUGUUUCAUUAUGUCAUAAACCCAGCUGAGCUCGAAAACAGAAAGUCCCGCUACAUUGCCUCCACAAUUCCAGAAAAAUACAGUAAUCUUGAAUCUUGGCUCUCCUGCUAAGAGGAUUUGUGCAACAACAUUAACGUCACUAUGGAGUUGAUAUUUACAGAUUUUGGCAGUGUUGCACCUUUCUGUUAUUUGGCACAAUUAUGAGGCUAAUGCCACUAAUGAGGCAUUGUUUCAUACCCUGACAAAAACAAUUGUGACUCAAGGCCCACAAACAACACUACGUUUGUCUGGAACUUUAAUCGUAUCACACAUCAUCAGAUAGAGUUUGAGCGACUGUCAGUGAAAGGGAUUUUAUUUAGUUCCCAGGACUUUUGCUUAUGUCUCUUAUAAAUAAUUGAAUUUCCUUUUGGGGAUAAAAUAAAGUUAUUCUUAUUAUUUAAUAAAAAAGUAGCUCAUAAGUGCUGUUCUUUUGAUUUGUAAUCAGUAUCAAAUAUAAGAAAAAGCCUUUAAAUGAUAGAUUGGUAGAGGUCUGUUAUUGUUAAUGUUAUGAGUACUACUCAUUGAGGGUCAGAGGUUCUCAGUAUCUAAUUUUAUUUGUUAUAAUCAAGGCUGUCAGUGUCAAUGAGUUAAUGUCCUGAAAUAGUAGGUUCCUUUUUUAGCAUUAUGUGCCGUUUAUACCCUGAAGUUAAGCUGCUAGAAGGUCUUCCUGUUUCCACCGAAAUGGACAUUGACAACACCACUGCUCUCUGAAUGCAGUUGCUUUAAUCAAGGAUCACAGAAGGGUCUAAAUAAUCUGAAAGUAACCGUCCACCAAAUUGAGACUGGUUUCUUAGUGUGAAGCGGUGCUAUCCAAAAGAAAGAAAACUGCUCUUUGCAGCUGUUUUCUACCUCUCAGUCUUGGUUCCUGACCACACCAGUUUAAAUAAAUACUCUGAGUCAUAGGGAUUUGUUUUCACAUUAGUUGUACAUCCAGUGUAAUGAAGGAACAGUGCUUGUUUAGUGUUGUUGAAUGAAUGUUUUUCUCCUUUAUAUCAUGUAAUGUGUUUACUGUGUCUGUUUCAUUGCAGUUAUGUGAAGACUUACCUGCUGCCAGAUCUCUCACGCCAGAGUAAGAGGAAGACGAGCGUCAAGGCCAACACCAUCAGCCCUGUUUUCAAUGAGAAUCUGAGGGUCAGUGGCUUUAAAACUCACCAAACACAAACCCACAGAACUGAUCCCAUCACCAAGGUCAGAUCUUUGAUUGUUGCUCGUGUUGCUCAUGUGUUGUGCAGUAUGUGAUCAGCCACUCGCAGCUGGAGACAAGGACUCUGCAGGUUUCUGUUUGGCAUCACGACCGCUUCGGACAGAACAGCUUCUUGGGAGAGGUGGAGCUGACCUUCGACUCCUGGGAGUUUGACACGCAGAUAGAGGAGUGGUAUGCUCUGCAACCUAAGGUAGGACACAGGAUGCACGUGUUGUUGCACAUUUUUGAACAUCCUAAAAACACAUGCAAAGUUCCUGAGCGGGCUGUGACGUUUGUGUAGGCGGAGAGUAACAUGGACUCCACAAUGCCGUACAAAGGAGAGCUGACGGUGGUGCUGAAGUACAUACCCGGAUCAAAGAACGUCAUGCCACUGGACGAAGUACCAGGUACAUAUACUACUAUUACACUACUACUGUAGACUGUUACGACAUAAGUGAAAUUUACAGCUUGAAUACUGGAAUUACAAAAAAACCCAGCAACAUUUCACAGAUUUCUAAAGAUGAAUUUCUCUCUCUUUUGAUUAACCUUUUUCCUCAGGUAGGAUAAUAAUCAUUGUAUUUUUAUUUGCUAGUUUUAAUUCUUUGUUGUGGCUUUUUAAUGCUAACACUUAAAAAAAUACCUAAAUAUUUAAACCCAAGACUCAAUAGUUUUAUUGCUGCACCGCUCUGUCAGUUUGAAAUGUAUAACCUUAAAAACACAACAUGACAUUUUUGGAUAUAUCAAUCUUUGUUACUUGUACUAGUUGUCAAAAUAAACAUGUUGGUUUUAUUAAUGUUUGUUUUCAUAGCAUGAGCUUCUUCUAAUAACCAAACCAACCAGUGGAAAGCUGCCUGUUUACAAAGUUAUAUUUAAUUUUUCCCAACCCAGUGUUUCAUCUAAAAUAAAACACUCCCCCAUAUGACCUAAAAAAAAAGUUAAAAGUUGUUUAUGCAUUGGUGUCCUAUUUUCACUCUGUCUCUAAUUAGUGGACGGCACUGCUUCUCAAACUGAGAACAAAAUCAAACAGAACCAUAGUGGUCCUGCAAGAGGUCACAGAUAAGUUUGGAUGUCGUGAAAUGGAAUAGAGGAAAAAGGAAAACUACUCAUUGGACAAAAGUUCUAAAUAUGAAUAAUGAACCCCUGUUGUUGUCAGUGAAUCAUGGCCUGUUCGACUGUGAACAAUCAUUUUAGUUCAAGUGAUUUAGUGUUGUUCCUAAGAUAUUUUAUUAAAGACUGUAUUAUUAAUACAAAGUUAAAAUUUCUGAUUCUCUGUUACCCUGUGAGAAUGACUCAAUAUGUUAAACUGUGUUGAAAACUUAUAAAAGUCAAAAGUCAAAAGCUCUUCAAACUUUCAUCAGUGAAAUUUACAUUUGUUUUAUCAUCUAAUAAAAGGAUAAAAUCAUCUCUCCAUUUCAGAUUGAUCUCUUUGCCAUGGAUAGCAUUUAACUCUUUUAUUAAAACUUACUUAUUCACAAGCUUUUCAUUGAUUUAUAAUUCAGCUCCAGUUCCAUCUGCAUGCCUUCAAGCUGUGUAACUGAAACCCAGGUUAAAAUUAUUAUUUUUAUUUUUUAUAGGAGGAAAAAUGUGCAUGCAUACACAUGUACUAUGCAUGAAGUGUUCUCACUGUGUUCAUACAAGAUGCAUUUUUAUGACUGUGUACCUACGAUGUCCUCAUGUCUCAAGCCUUGUCCUACGAGCGUGUUUUGUGUCUGAGGUGUAACAUAAACAGACCUGAACUUUUGUAUUAAGGAUUGUUUGUUCUUUGUCUGCUCCCCUCCCCCUCAGUGAAAAAAGGGUUCCUGAAAAGCAAGAAGACGACCAGUUUCACACUGCCUGAAGGGGGCAUGGUCGAGCUGCUAGUCAAAGGAGCAAAAAAUCUUACUGCUGUCAAAUCUGGGGGCACUUCAGAUUCUUUUGUGAAAGGGUAAGACUGACUGGUUUACUUUUUUGAAAAGAGCUUUAAAUGGAAGAGCAGGGUGCAUGUAUACAGUAUAAAUAAAAGAUGUGAAACUCCCUUUGAAAUCCAUAUUACUCUGCAAUAAUAAACCGCAUAUACAGAGGUAAUGAACUAUUGUAAACUAUGCCAAACAAGCAAUAAAUGUUAUAGUACAAAAGGAGAUAAACUCUUACCCCAGUAGCCUACAGCCAUAGACACAGUUAAUGAGAGGUUAGGCAUACAUAAGAGGAAGACAUCUUAAAAAACUCAGUUCUCUUUUUUUGUUUGUUUUUAUCUCGAUAGUAGUUUUGUUUGUCUUUGUAGUGGCUUUGCCUCUCAUUAUAUAUUUUUAUAAGUCUCUGAUUUUUUGUGCUGUCAUCGUAUCUCUUGGUGGUUGUUUUGUCCAUCUCUACUGCAAUUUCAGUUUUUCUUUGUGACAGUUUUGUAUCUCGUUUUUACAGUUUUGUCUGCAUGUGGUAAUUCUGCUUCUGCUUUAUGGCUGGUUUGGUGUCCGAUUCUGAUCAUUUCGCUCAUCUUUAUUGUUGUUUAGGCUCUGUAUGUUGUCUUCUUCAUCUUAUUUUAUUGUUUACUUUUUAUGAUUAUGGAGGGAAAACUUGACUUAUUGUCAUUUUGCAUCUCUUUUCUUUAAUAAUUCAUUUCUAUGUUUUUCAUUCUCUCUCCAUUUGUGGUCAUUUUGCUUUCCUUUGUUGUAGUUGUACUUUAUUCUGAUUUACAUUUAAAUUGAGAAAAAAAAUCUCUGGUUCAGCUACUGUCUGGAUUCAGUACACCUAUGCCGUUCACCAUAUUCAUCUAGAGCAGCCUUGGCUCACCUGUUACAUAAGGUGAGAGUAAAAACACACCUUAGGUGUUGUAAAGUAAAGCUGUACUCUUUCCCUUAGUUACCUUCUACCUGACAACAACAAGUCAACAAAGCACAAGACAGCAGUAGAGCGCCGCACUGUGAACCCGCACUGGAACCACACCUUUACCUACUGUGGUCUGCAGCCAGAAGACCUCAACAACAUCUGCCUGGAGCUCACUGUGUGGGACAAGGAAGCUCUGGCCAGCAACGUCUUCCUGGGAGGAGUGAGGCUCGGAGCAGGGACAGGUAUGUCAGUAAGUUUAGUCCUGGAAAAGGAAAGUACCUGGUAAGACUUUGUGAGGGAGAUAUUUCAGUGAUUCCCUUGUCAGGUCAGCGCCUCGCUUGAAACUUUAAAUGAGUUGGUUAAAGUCUUUAAAAGUUGUGUAGUCCUCCAUGGGAUAAAACACCUCUGUUAAAAUUUUUGGAGGCCGAUGUUGUGUACCUACAGGAAGUGUUUGUGCUGAAGUGCCUGGUGAAUGAAAAUUAGCUUUGUUCGAGUUCAAAGACAAAUGGCCUUAAAGUGUCUCAGACAGAAAGAUAAAGUAAAGGUGCAGAAACCUAACAGAGGCCCUGAAUUAUAAGUUCGGUCUACCGUAUAUUGAGGGCAAAGAUCUUUGUUUGCAGAGCUGUUUCUCUUCCUCUGGCUCUUGAAGUUGGCAGAUUGAAAAAUAUUCAAGGGGAAACAGAUUGUGUGAUGUGAGAUGUGAGAGAAGAGGAAAGCAAAACCCUCUUUUUCAUUGAUACGCACACUGCAAAGAGUCCUGUUUCUGUUUUCCAAGAUAAGGUUUAAAAAAAGCCUAAAAUGUUUCAGCAUACGGAGGAUUAUCACCAAGACAGGUUUGUGGUGGUUUAUUAAUUCAAAAGAACAGUGUGACUUUUUCGUGUUUGAAUUCAUCAUGAAGAUCAUUUCCGAAAUUCAAGAUUGCUUUUCGCCUGCAAGACCUUUGGAUGGUUUUUCAUCGCUGGCUGAGACGCUGAAAUUGUCUUAAAUUAUUCAAAUUAUUUUUCCUCUAUCUCUGCCUCUUCAUGAGAGUGGAUUGAAAAUGUGUGGAGUGUAGAUCGAGCUGAAAAAACAUCAUUUGUUGCCUCUAGAUAGCAGCGUGCUAAAUAGACAAAUAUUCAUAACAUAAUAAUAAAAAACCUGGAUUCAUUCCUUUAUCAUUGUUACCGUCAGACUCCCCUUUUCCUCAUAUCCAAUACUGGAGUGCUGAGGGAGCGUUUAUGUCCUCCAGGCUCCCCACUAGUUCCAACAAAGUAAAACAAAUGUUUACAUGUUUGUCUCUUCUCCCCUCAAGGCAAAAGCUAUGGGAACGAUGUAGACUGGAUGGACUCUUUUGGGGAGGAACAGCGGCUGUGGCAACGCAUGAUUGAAAACCCAGAAGUCCCUCAGGAGUGUACUCUGAUGCUGCGAUCAAGCAUGGGCAAGAGCAACACAUGAGCUGAGUCUGCAAGAGCACAAAAAAAAGAAUAACAGAGGGGGGAGAAGAAGAAGAAAGAAAUGAUAUAAAGGCGUGUGGAGAGAGAUGGAAAAGUGGGACGGUCAAGGAACAAAAACAAACACUGACUCAAACGCUCAUACAGGAACAAAGACCGUCCUCUUAUCCCUGCUUCUCUCCCCUGUUUAGAUCUUGUCUUUAGUCUAGAACAGCCAGUCAUGCCUUACACUCUCAUCCACAUGUGCCCCCCAACCUCCAAAGUAUCUAGUCUUGACCAAGCACUGCUGUUUACUGCUGUAUAUGAAGAUAAUGAUGUGUAUUAAUCAACAACUAAGCACACAAUAUGAGUCCUGAUGUGCCCAUCCAUGUCUGUGUGACUCAGAGAAUAGAGUCGUAUAAUCGUGGUUACAUCUGACAGAGAGGGGUCGUAAGUCAUCACAAUAGACUCUGAUCAGUACCAUAAAGACUUAGACAUUCCCUUUAUAUCAAACUGACUGCUGCCUGCUUUAAAGCACAUAAUGAUGCUGAUGUUUCUCCUUUAUCAAACAGCUGUGGGAAGAGCUGAAGUGGGACUGGUUCUCUAACUUUAACUAGAUAAUGAAUCCUGAGGUACCACAUGAGUGAAACUCUAAUCGUAGCACUUUUGUAUCAUUUUAUGAUACAUGUGGAAGGACCAUCUCAUUAUGUCUCAUUUUCAGCAAUGGUUAGUUUAAGCCCAACCCAGAACUUAUCCACUAGAGUGUCUUGACUGUAUACAUUGGUUUCUAGAUCAACCUUAAGUUAGGUAAAGAGCGUCCAAUGAGGACUUCUCUCCCGUGCACUGCAGCGUUUACAGUCGACUUAGCAACUUGAGGAGUGAUGAUGGAGUUGGAAUUGGCCAUGAGUGGUUGGUGGCUGCACUUGCAUUUUUAUGUCUGUAGCAUUUGAUAAAAAAAAAAAACUCAACUUUGAAAGACAGCCAAAGGUUCUCAUAUGGCAUUAGAAUUUACACAUUUUUCCUCUUUUGGUCUCCAUACUAAAUAUUUUCCCUCUUACAAGCCCACUAAACACGAUCAGAUAACUCAACAGGUUCAACCUGAAACACUGUAUAUCAUUUCCUACUGAUGAUCCAUCUUUCAGGGUCAGUGAGAGGAGAAUAAUUAAGCUCCAUUGGUCCCAAAUUUCACACAUUAUUUAAUCAACAAGAUUUUUUAAAGACUAGUUUAUGAAGGAUAAAUGCUCAAAACAUGUCUCUUACUCUGCAAUCUUCAUAUUCAACUUCAGCUGAAGUGCAGAUGAUGAUUUUAAAGUGCUCAAAACAAAGAACACACAACUCGGUAAGAUUUUUUAUGAGAUUAAAAUGCAUGAAAACUGUAGUGAAUCAUUUAAGGAGAGCCUCUCACCAACACAGAUAUUGAUAUUGGAGUAUAUCCCUGAAAAAUUGAAGAGGUUAUUUUUGGAGAUAAAUAAUUUUUAGUUGUAAAGUGGUGGUGUUACACUUUUUUACAAACAAUUCUCAAAUUAUAAUGUUAGAUGUAAAUAAUACUGAACAUGGGAUAUGUCUACAUGUGUACGAGUAAAUCCAGGAUGAGACUGAAACACCUUGUUCAAAAUGUUACCUGAGAGCUACAGCACAUGAGAUUUAUAAAAGAGUAUUAUAAACAUAACAAAUAGAAACAUCCUGAUCUGUGGGGGUUUCUAAAUCACACUGCCAUAAUGUCAUAAUUCUAAGAAGAAAAACAACAUUUCACUCAUAAAGACGACUAUGUAGCAUGGCAACAGUGGAGGAGGCUUCAAGACAGUGGCUGAAUGAGAGUUUUCAGAGACACUCAUCUGAGAUAAGUGAGGAGUUUUUUGAGCUGUGAAGUCACACAAAAGCGUCACAAAGAAAAAUAUAAAGCCUGAUAAUAAACGAGCACAAUGCCUCCCCUUUAAACUUGAGUUGCAAAGAAAAACAUUUCACUCAACCGUUCCUCUGGCAAGUAUUAGUCUUAUACAUCCUCUCCAUUACUGAUUGUUGAUCUAAUUUUCUGUCUUUAUUGAAAUAUAAGUCUGAUAACAGAUCAUAAAGUUGUUCAGCGAGCUGUACCUAGCUGUGAUGAAUCAGCUCAAACUGAAAAAAAUAGCCAAUAGCAAUGCUGCAGACUCAUGUUGUUGCUUGAUCAAUGUAACGAAAAAUUGUUUAAUUUUUUUUUCUGUUAUUAACUAAUCAUAUAGAUGAAUUCUCUGUACUUCACAGAAAGUUAUAAGAUCUUGAAAAAUGUGCUUGCAGUUUAAGAAAAUCUCGACACACAUUUAGAGAGUAGCUUAAAUGUAAAUUUCCAUAGCACUGUAUCAGUGUGAUAAUAGAAGCUGCAUGGUUUAGAUGAAACGAUGUUAGAAGAACAAAAGGUUCAUAUAAAGCACUGAAAUUGACAUCACUUUGAACUCAGACGAGGAGGUGUGACUCUAAAUGUGUUCCCAGGAACCUUGAGACAGGAGCUGUGCGUUACAGAGUGAGUCAGCACUGAGCUUUUCUUCUCAGGGGGGAGCCUAAUAAUGAGUCAGUGACAGAAACCUUGUCCCUGAUGCUUGAAGCUCUCAGAAACACCACCCUGCGAUGAAUCACGCUACUCACAAAAAAACAAACCGAAGUUAAGAUCCUGUACAAUCAUUUUUCAUACGGGAUGUGUGUGUUUGCCAGCUUGUCAUCGGCCUCCCCUCUGCUCUGAAACUACAAGAGCAGUCCAGGUUCUCACCGCACAACCGUAGUAAUAAUUCAUGUUGUUAACUGUACUACAUCAUUUAGAUGAGAGACUUGUACAAUACUGAUAUAAUAAAGAAACUCUUGAUGUACAGCAUGUACUAUCUCUGUAGUGUCUGCUUUCAGAGCAUUAAACUCAAUGUAUUCAAGCCUCUUUUGUCCCAAAUGUGUUACAGAAAUAUUUUCAAAUAAACACAUCUUUCCAUAGACUGGCUGUUUUUUAUACCGUU